AGACGAAGAAGAAGAAGAAGAAGAAGAGGAAGACUACAACGUUUAGUCAGUUUGUAAACCACAGAAAGGACCACGCUUUAUGUUGCUGCGAUUUGCAAGGGCUAGAGUAUGUAUUGAUACCUUUUGUUUAAAUUUUACAGUAGAUAUGACUCAAGCCGAGAAAAUACAGGACAACGGGAAAGAGAAAGAUAAGGAACGAGAAAAGGAGAAAGACAAGGAGCAACAGCGCGGUGUGAAAAGACCCAUUGCUCCUGCGGCCAUCCCGGAUCCGCUUCAAGAGGUGAGAUUCAAAGACGUGACAAAUUUACAUUGUUAUGCAGGAUAGAAAUGAAUCUACAAAAUCCGUCCAGAAUUCAGGGUCGCGGACAUUUUUUGUGGAGACAAAGCUCAAAGCAAGGGGCAAUAUAGAUUAUAUGAGUAGAUUUUUUAAAGUGAUUAAAUCAAUCUUUAUUUCAAUCAACCUUUAUUUUUAAAGCGCCAAUUUACAAAUGUCAUCCCAAAACGUUGAUAAAAAACAAACAAACAAACAAACAAUCAAACCAAAAAAAAAAAAAGACUUUAAGAAGACCAAAUGUAGAGAUAUGACCAGACUAAGGCUGCACCUAGCAAUUUUCUUUUAAUUGAUUAAUCUAAUGAUUAUUUUUUUUAAUUAGUCAAGUACUCAUCGACUACUUUAUAGAUUAUUUUAAUGCUUAUUUUUUAUCAACCAAUUAAUAUAACAAUGAAAAUAACCCAAAUUUAAAACUUGUCUUAUUAGUAUUCAAUUCAAUGAUUUAUUCAAGAAUCAAGAAAACUAGCAAGAGUUGUGCAACAGUGCAUUUUUAUCAAUUCUUUUUUACACUCACAAAGCACAUAACAUAGCUUUUUAGCUUAUCUAAAGUCAACUAUAAGUAACACUCAGCUAAAAGCAUGCUCUUAGUGUGGGGCGAAAUACUGCGAACUGUGGUAUACCAUUUCCAGAUAUCCGCAACACAGAAAUUUAUCAGGCAUUGGUGGCAGCAGUGGCUGGUGAGAAAAAUAAUAGGUGGGGCUGAAGGUUUGGAAAACAGAGCCCUGUAGGGGGGUCCGGGGGUAUCCUCCCCCUGGAGACUUUUUUUUCGUUUUCAAAAGGUAAAUGAAGCAUUCCGGUGCUUUAAUUAAGAAAAUAAUUAAGGAAACAUACGAUGUUGACCUACAAAGACAAAUGGGGUGGGGAUACUGUAUUUCAACUUAUUAAUAGGGCAUUAUAGCCGACACGCAGCCUACCUACAUUCAAUGUAAUCCUAUGAUAUAGAAACUGACAGUAGCAUACUCUUAGUGUACAUCCACCUGCAUCUCAACAUGUUAGGCUACAGCAAAGGAGCACACAAAGACAACUGCAGAAAAAUAGUGAAGAGCAGACCUACAUUUAUAACAAAUCAGGCUGCAUAUCAAAGUGAUCAGCCAAGGAAAAUAAUACAAACAUUUGCUUUAAAUACAGAACAGUUUUAUUACAUUUGAUAUUUCAGUUGAACUAAAUUGAAACAAAUACAGGGUUCCCACUCUUUUAUAGAAAUUAUUUUCCAGGACUUUUCCAGGAUGUUUUCAUCCUGCCUUAAAAAUUAUUGAUUUCUAACAUUGUGGCAUGAACAUUGUCUGUUAGCUUUCUUUUUAGUCUGGCUUUUAUGUAGUGUCUCACUAUAAUACAUGUAUGGUUUAUAUUAGGUUUUAAUCUUUAUAUACUCUACUUUUCUACAAUCAGAUUUUGCUGAUUGACUGUUUCAAUAGCUGAAAUUAUAUUUUGCCAGCUUUGUGAUUUCUUUUUGUCACCAUUAAUUUACAUGGGAAACAGAAAAGAGCCUUACUCUUUGGACUUCCAGUUAGCCAUGCUUUGCACCUAUACCACGCUCUUGAAAAUGUCUGUGUAUAUUGUCUGCUCUUCUCGGUGGUCACUUGCUGAGCGGCGAUGUCUGGUCGAUCCAGACCGAGCUCUUUAGGCUUUAGUUAGUCCUGCAGAGUUCUCCUCCCAAACGGGACCUACUUGAUGGACAGUGCAGCGUUCUCUGGUAAAUCACUCGGUAGGGGGUUUGCGGUAGUCAUUCCCACGUCCUCUGUCAUUAGCAGCCAAGUGCAGAGUGAGGGGCGGAACGGCUCCGAGUAGAGCAGCUAGCUACGUCAGACACACGUUGUAACUAUGCAUCCGUUUGUGGCCAAUCUGGUUAUGAAUGUGCUUACGUCAUACAAAUUAGGGACGCUAGGGCGCUCGUCCCUGGCGCCCCUUAAGGAUUUUUUUUAUGUGGCUAGGAUAAGCUAACUUUUUAAUGCAGAACUGUGAUCCGAGCAUGUGUGAGGGAGCAGAAAGCUUGGGCGCUGGCCCGUAGCGCCCCUAACGCUAAUACACAACUGUGAUCUGAGCAUGCGUGAAACAACAGACGUUCCAAGUCUGCCCCAGUGCUGGGUGGAGAGAUCGCUAAUGGACUAAAAUACACAUUUAAUGGAAUGAUUAAUAUAAUAGCGCUAUUUCCUUACUUUGAGAAUAAUUUUCAGGGAGACGGCAGACACAUCUUUUUGCAGGCGGGGCGCCGCCCGCAGCACCCACCAGCCGCCACUGGGCAUUGGCAUCCUAACCAGCGCUGUUACGCAUAAUUCACCUUCUUACAUGCUUGGAGCACCAGCCUGACACUAGCACCUUGUCAAGUGCGUGCUCACAUUACUCAUAGUUACAAUGACUGUCAAGUAACAAUAAGUAACAUUUGUACCAUCUUUCAUUUAAUAGUGAGAAAGUCAGUGCCACACAACCAAUUGUGUAACAAAAUAGUUGCAAAACAAAUAAUUUUUAACAUAAACUCUAUGACAAGAUUGCAUGGCUGAAAUGCAUGGCUGAGAAUUAUAGGGCUCGAAUUAUUCCAUUUAUUAUUGUAUGUAAUCAUUAAUCAAUUGUUUUCCCUUUAAUUUCCUAGAAACCCUGGAUAUGUUUAACAGCCAGUAUGCUUUGUUGUAAAAUGUGUUAUGUUACAGCAAAGGCUGUAUUCUAAAAUAAUAAAUAUUAUAAUAAUAACUAUAGGAUUCCAAAAGGCACGUGAUGUUGCAUGCAUUGUGGGCCAUGGUGGACAUUAUGCUGGCAACCACAGACAUAAUAUACAUACACUACAGGCCAAAAGUUUGGAAGCAAGAUCAGAUUUGUACAAAAAAGAUCAUAGUUUCACAUAUAUAUAGAAUAGAAUAGAAUAUUCCUUUAUUGAUCCCCCAUGGGGGAAUUUUUUUUGUCACAGCAGCAUCACAGACAAAGAGUGCAAAAAUGCAGUUAUAAAAAUAAGGAUCCUAAUAUUAAGAACUUAAAUAAAUGUAAUAAUUAAGAAAAAUUUAGAAAAGGGAAAAAGGGAGAAGAAAAAAUAAAACUUUCUACAAUAUACACAAUUUAAAUGCCAGAAAAAAAGUGGUGGUGUAAAUCCAGUUUUGUUACAGUUUGUUGUAAAGUUUUAUUGCAGAGGGGAGGAAUGACCUGCGGUAGUGCUCCGUCCUGCAAGGUGGAAGUCUCAGUCUGCUGCUGAAGGAGCUGCUUAAAGCCCCCACAGUCUGGUGCAGUGGGUGAGAGGGAUUGUCCAUGAUGGAUACAAGCUUUGUUAACAUCCUCCUUUCACCCACCUCCUCCAGGGAGUCCAAAGAACUGUCCAGGACAGAACUGGCCCUCCUGACCAGUCUAUAUAUAAUUUGCAACACAAUAAACAUGACUAUUGUGUAAAGAGUAACUUAUCAGAAGACAUUUUGAUUAUAAUUAUUAGGUAUUUGAGUUACUGUUGCUUAGACUUUGCUCUCUUUAAAGUAACCUCCUCUGGCUUUAACAACAGCUUGGCAUAUACCAGGCAUUCGUUCCACAAGUUUUUCAAGGUAUGUUCCAGGGAUUGCAUUCCAAGCUUUCUUAAGUUUAUUAAAAAGAGACCGCUGAUUCAUGGGACGCGUUUUUCUGACCGAUCAAUCCAAUUCAUUCCGCACAAGCUCAAUUGGAGAAAGGUCUGGAGACUGAGGGGGCCAAACCAUCUUUUGAGGAACAGGGCUUGGCAGAGUGCUUAGGGUCAUUGUCUUGCUGCAAACAAACUUAUGAGUAGGGUUGGGUAUCGAGAAUCGAGUAUCAAUGGGGACCGGGAAUAACAUUUCGAUUCUUCCGGUAUCGUUCAAAUAUUAAAAUUUCGAUUCCAAGUUUCGAUGCCGGAGUCCGCCGACCGGAAGAAAUAGCCGCCGAAAAUCAACGAAGAAGAAGCUGCCGAACACCAACGAGGACAGAGUGUAUGAGACGAAGCCACACACAGAGAGAGGAGAGCUACUUUUCGUUGGUCAAAAGUUUGGCUAACUUGAGCAGGGUGGUGGUGGCCCGGGAGUCUGGUUGAAGGUACACAACAAGGCGAAACAAUCCAAGUUUUCCUUACCGUUGAACGGAAUCUAAAGCGUGUGCCUUUAACGAUUUCAUUCAGGCUAUUCAGAUAUGCCGAAAACAAUAGCCCUCUGAUUCAGAAUAUUUACUGUCCCGAAAAUAUAAUGUUCUCUACCUUAACAGCUUACUGUACAGUUUAUAUACCCAAGUACACUUCUGUAUUUGUGCAUUUUUGAGACACAUAAAAACAAAACGAAAGUUUACUGCUCCAUUUGACAUGUUUUCAUGAUCUAAUACUGUUUUUUUUAAAUAUGAGAUCAUUGUCUUCCACUUUAAGAAGCUAAUGAGUGGAGGGGAGGCAUUCUACGGCAGGGGUGCAUUCUACAGCACAACACCUAUCUUCCGCUAACCAGUCAGGAUCAGAUAAGUGAAACAAUAAAUUACUUCUCUCCUCUGUUAACUUUGAAGUGGUAAACAAAUUGUGCUGUGUACGGUGAGUAAACUUAAAUAUCCAACUAACGUUAGCCCUUGUACUUUUUCAUAGACAAACGACCUGACAACAAAAAUUGAUAUUUAUAUACUGGUUGAAAAUAGCCCUGUGAGAAAUUCAUAGUACAGUUCUUAAAAAGUUAAUAUGGUUUAAAAAUUCAUGGAGAAGUUCAGAAAUGUCAUCCAAAAAGAGGAGCUCCGGUUAGCGCCCUCAUCCAACCUUUCCUUUUUUUUUUUUUUUGAUAUCCUGCCUUUUAAAAGAAUCCAAAUAGAGAAUAGAUAGGAAUCGGAAUCGAAAUGAGGAAUCCAAAUCGGAAUCGUUAAAAAUCAAACGAUACCCAACCCUACUUAUGAGCCACAAGUCUGAGUCCAGAUGGAACAGCAUGAUACUGGAGGAUGGAGUGGUACUGUACCUUCUUCAUGAUACUCUUUACUUCAAACAAAUCUCCUAUUCCAUCACCUGCAAAACAUCCCCAUACCAUGGAACUACCACCUCCAUGCUGAAUUGGGGGUGUAACACAUGGUGCUUUCAGACAUUCACCAGUUUGUCUGCGGACAUAGACUCUGCAUUAUGAACCAAAAUGUGCAAACUUGUUUCUAGUCAUCAUUGUCCAAUUUUUGUGAGCUUUUGCCCACUCAUAUGUCUUUUUCUUGUUCUGUCGACGAACAAGUGUUUUUUUUCGCAGAUACACAACCCUUCAGACCAGCCUUUCUCAAACGUCAUUUCAUGGUUGUCAGAGAUACGGGUUUCGACCUUGUCAUGUUGAUUUCCUCCCUUAUUUGUGGUGCUGUCUUUCGCCGAUCUCUCUCACUGGUGACAAUGCUGUGUUUAUCCUCUGCUUUUGUAGUAACUCUGUUUCGUCCAGGUCUUUUUCUAUCAUCAUAACUUCCAGGUUCCUCUGGUCUCUUCAGAGUGUAGUGGACUCCUUUGUUAAACACCUUUAGGCGUUUUGCAAUUUCUCUUUCUAUGUAUCCUUUCCUCAAUGUACAAAUCUGUACUUUUGUUUCUUUACUCAGUUGCUUCUUUCUAGCCAUUUUUGCGGCAGUUUGAACGCAGUUGAGAUUUAUUAGGAUUUUUGUAUGCAGACUCGGCAUGUGCCGAUAUGAAAAAUUUGAUAUCAUGAUUAGGGCUGAAACGAUUACUCGAGUAACUCGAGUAACUCGAUUAAUAAAAUUCCUCGAGGCAAAUUAAAUGCCUCGAGGAAUCGUUUAAAUCCGGAACCAUGUGCAGCGCACGGUGUUUGACACGGACGGUUAUUUCUGUUGCGCAGAAGCGUGCUCUUUCCGCUCCUUCCGCUGCCGCGCGUUUGGUUCAAUCAUGGAGGGAAACGAGGACAGACAGAAGCUGUGUCCGAAAUGGCAUACUGCCUGCUAUCUACUUACCUACUCAAGCAGUAGCUACUGCCUACUGACUACUCAAAGAUGAUUUGAGUAUGCCGCGGCUGCCCGAGCGUUUACACACAUACAUACUAAAUACCCCAGAAUGCAUUUCGUGCCGGCCGGACGCAGCGCCGGGAAAAUUUAAAUAGUCCUACCACAAGCUACAUAGAACGACUGCAUACCGGACAAAUUAUAUAAAUUCAUUCAAUAAUAAUAUUUUUUCUAGCGAGAAAGUAAGUGUUUACAUCACGAUUAUGAGCCCAGUUGUUUGAAAUAGUGGCUGUUUGUAAAUUUGUCUCGGCGUUUUCGGAGACCGAAGCGUCCACUUGGUCGGUGUUUGCGUCUAUUUACCGUAAACACCGGGCAGCAGCAGCUCCCCCUUCACGUUUCCAAAUUAUUGCGAAGUGUUUUCAUAAUCAACAUCUACACGACACAAACCGGGCGGCAGUGGAUGAAAAAAAUCACACAAACAUCCGUGUAUCCAUGGUGAUAAUGCUAUACACCACCUGCUAGGCGUGUGAUGAGCAGCAGAGGGCUGCAAAAUGACCAACACACAACAACAUGUAAAUAAAAAUGUAACACUUUUAUAUAUUGAAUAAAUGUACAUUUGCUUGUCAAAUUAUGUUAGUAUCCAAGAAUUAUAUUAUUUCAGCCUAUUAAUUAAACAAGUAAAAUUAGAUCCAAAGCCUGGAAAUAGUUGUGACUGGUUUAGUGAAAACUGCAAAGAUCAUUACCAUAGCAAUUAAAAGACCAUCUGCAGACCUUGCCUUCAGUAGUUUCAUGUGAACUACAUGGUAAAAUGUAAAACUUUUGGUUCCUGAUUUAUGCAGUAAAAAUAUUCAUUUGAAAGACCUGGCCUAUUUCAGUUUUGUGUGUUACUGAUGGUUUUUAAUGAGGCAAACGUGAUUCAAUGCAAAGUAUUACAGUGAGAGCAAAACAUUUCUUAUCCGAUUACUCGAUUAAUCGACAGAUUAAUCGAUAGAGUACUCGAUUACUAAAAUAAUCGAUAGCUGCAGCCCUAAUCAUGAUAUUGGUGGCCCAAAAAAUCACGAUUCACGUUAUUAUCACGAUAUUAUCACGAUAUUAGCGCAUUGCUUUAAACUGCGAAACCACUUCUCUGUUAACAGCAUGACAUGCACAAAUAAUAUGAGCAAGAGGCAGCUAACGCAACGUUGGGAGCAUUAGCUUUUUGGAGCUAAAGUUAGCAGAAACGUCACUAACGUUGUCAAUAAUAAGCAGUAGAGUAGACCAAACUUGUUGCGGUCAUGUUGUUUUCCAUCAUCGCGGCCAUUUAAUAUCGCAUAUUGAGAUUAAAUCGUAUAUCGGCACAUCCCUAAUGCAGACUCUCAAAAGCCAAAAAGUUGAAGUGAAUAAUCCAACUGUGAUUUGUUUUUUUGCUUUUGCACUGAAGUUGUGACUCUUUCAAAUGUUUUCAACCCUAAAACUAAGCCCUUAUUAUCUUUUGCUGACAUUUUAGCAAUUGUUGGUUAACAUUAGAGUAAAAAGUGUGAAGUGCUUCUUGGGUGAGAAGGAGGAAUUUGUACUGAAUGCAAUGGAGGAUGGGGAGCCAGUGAAGGUUCUGGAGGACGGGGGUGAUGUGUUGAUGGGAUUCAGAUUCAGAUUCCUUUAUUAACCAUUGUGUAAAACACAUAGGGAUUUGCUUUGGCAAUAACAUGAGUGUAAAACACAAACAACACAGUGCAGAAAAUAGAUAAAUAUAAAGUGCAGUUAGAUCAAUAGUGCAAAUGUUGUUGAGUCAUCACAGUUUCAGAGUUUCUGAGUCUUUCAAGUGUCAAAGUCCCUAGUGAGUGGGGGGAAGGAGGGAAGCCAGACUCAUUGAGCAGCCUGGCAGCAUAGGGGAAAAAACUGAGUCUAUGGCGUGCUGUGGUGGCCUUCAGCAGCCGCAUCCUUCUCCCAGAGGGGAGCAGGGAGAGGAGACUGUGGGCAGGAUGGGAGGGGUCGGCCAUGAUUUUUCUUGCCCUCCUCAGAGCCCUGGAGUUGUGCAGGGACGUGAGGGAGGGCAGCAGGCGGCCAAUCACCCUCUCCCGCGGAACGAAUCACCCUCUGCAGCUUGAUGAGGUCUUUUGCAGCUGCAGCGGGGAACCAGGUGAUGAUGGAGUGGGUGAAGAUGGACUCAAUGAUGGCCGUGUAAAACUGACGCAUCAUGGUCCUCGAUAGUCUGUACUUCCUCAGCUGCCUAAGGAAAAACAGUCUCUGCUGGGCCUUUUUCAAAAGGGACAUGAUGUUCAUUUCCCACUUCAGGUCCCGGGAGAUGGUGACGCCCAGGAGCUUAAAGGACUCCACAGAGUUUACCAGGGUGCCUCCCAGCGUGAUGGGAGGGGGAGGGGCUGUGUUCUUGGGGAAAUUCACCACCAUAUACACUGUCUUUUGGGGAUUAAGGUCCAGGUUGUUGCUACUGCACCCUGUCCGCUGACUCGUCCCCCUGGAGAUGAGGCCCACCAAGGGGGUGUCGUCUGCAAACUUGAGGAGCUUGACCGACGGGUGGAGAGAGACACAGGUGUUGGUGUACAGGGAAAACAGUAGUGGGGACAGGACACAGACCUGCAGGGAACCGGUGCUGGUGGACCUGGAGCUGGCAAUGCUCUUCCCCAGCUUCACCCGCUGAGACCUGUUGGUCAAAAAGUCUGUAAUCCACCUGCAGGUGGAGGCAGGCACUUGCAGCAGGGACAGCUGGUGCUCCAGGAUGGAUGGUAGGAUGGUGUUGAAGGCCGAACUGAAGUCGACGAACAGGACAGAUGGUUUAAGAUGAAGUGCAGAGCCAUGUUCACCGCUUCCUCCGUGGAUCUAUUGGCUCUGUACGCAAACUGCAACAGGUCCAGCACAGGAUCAGUGAUGCGCUUCAGGUGAGCCAGGACAAGGCGCUCCAUGACCUUCAUGACUACAGAGGUCAGGGCGACAGGUCUAUAGUCAUUGAGGCCUGUGACCUUGGCCUUCUUGGGGACGGGGAUGAUGGUUUAGGCCUUAAAACAUGCUGGGACAUGACACAGCUCCAGUGAGGUGUUGAAGAUGUUGGUGAACACCGGGGCGAGCUGGUCAGCACAGUGCUUCAGGACAGAGGGGGAGACAGAAUCCGGGCGGGGCGCCUUCCGGGAGUUCUGGCUCCUGAGCAGCAGAUUCACCUCUCUCACUGUGACAGAGAGAGGGGGUGGGGGGGCGAGGAGGGGGACCCACUUAGGUACAGGCAUAGUGAUUGUGGCCGGGGGGGUUGGAGGGAGGGGGCGAGGGGUACCUCUCUCUCAAAUCUGCAGUAGAACUCAUUGAGCUCAUUCGCAAGGGGGAGGUUGUCAGACGCUUGUGGCGACUUCGGCUUGUAGUUGGUGAUGGACUUAAGGCCUUUCCAGACUGAGGAGGAGUUCCCUCAGAGAGCUGCUGCCGUAGUUUCUCUGAGAAGCGAUGUUUGCCUCCCUCACUGCUUUGGAAAACCUGUACUUGGCCUGCCUGAACAGAGCCACGUCUCCACUGCGACUCGCCACUAGGGUUGGGUAUCGUUUGAUUUUUAACGAUUCCGAUUCCGAUUUGGAUUCCUCAUUUCGAUUCUGAUUCCUAUCGAUUCUCUAUUUCGAUUCUUUUAAAAGGCAGGAUAUCAAAAAAAAAAAAAAAAAAAAGCAAAGGUUGGAUGAGGGCGCUAACCGGAGCUCUUCUUUUUGGAUGACAUUUCUGAACUUCUCCAUGAAUUUUUAAAUCAUAUUAACUUUUUAAGAACUUUACUAUGAAUUUCUCACAGGGCUAUUUUCAACCAGUAUAUAAAUAUCAAUUUUUGUUUGGAGAGAGGAGAGAAGUAAUUUAUUGUUUCACUUAUCUGAUCCUGACUGGUUAGGUAAGAUAGGUGUUGUGCUGUAGAAUGCACCCCUGCCGUAGAAUGCCUCCCCUCCACUCAUUAGCUUCUUAAAGUGGAAGACAAUGAUCUCAUAUUUAAAAAAAACAGUACUACAUCAUGAAAACAUGUCAAAUGGAGCAGUAAACUUUCGUUUUGUUUUUAUGUGUCCCAAAAAUGCACACAUACAGAAGUGUACUUGGGUAUAUAAACUGUACAGUAAGCUGUUAAGGUAGAGAACAUUAUAUUUUCGGGACAGUAAAUAUUCCGAAUCAGAGGGCUAUUGUUUUCGGCAUAUCUGAAUAGCCUGAAAAGGCACACGCUUUAGAUUCCGUUCAGAAAGUACAUUGCAACCCACAGCAAUGCAGCCGCUGUGGGUUACAAUGCACUCUCUCUCUCUGUCUCUCUCCUCUCUCUGUGUGUGGCUUCGUCUCAUACGCUCUGUCCUCGUUGGUGUUCGGCAGCUUCUUCUUCGUUGAUUUUCGGUGGCUAUUUCUUCCGGUCGGCAGACUCCGGCAUCGAAACUUGGAAUCGAAAUUUUAAUAUUUGAACGAUACCGGAAGAAUCGAAAUGUUAUUCCCGGUCCCCAUCGAUACUCGAUUCUCGUUACCCAACCCUACUCGCCACCUCCUUCUCGGACCUCAGCCUGCUGAGAUGGGCUGAAAACCAGUGCUUGUCAUUGUUGUAGAUCUUCCUGGAGUGUAGAGGAACACACAGCUCCUCACCGAGGCUGAUGAAUGAUGUCACAUUCGUGUAUGGAUGAGGAGGCGGGUGGCAGAGUUCUGGAUGAGCUGAAGUUUAUUGAGGAGAGUGAAGGUAGUGCCAUGGAGGAGACUGUUACAAUAAUCCAGAUGGGAUGAAAUGAAUGCAUGUAUGAGGGUUUCAGCUGCAGGGUAGGAGAGGGAGGGGCGGAGGCGGGCAAUGUUUUUGAGGUGGUAGUGGGCUGUUUUGAUGAUUUGCUUUACGUGCUGGGUGAAGGAGAGGUUGCUGUCGAAGAGAAUACCAAGGUUUGAGCUUGAUGCAUGAAGACAGAAAAGGGAUGGAGAAGAAAGGAAAGGUGCCAUUAUCAUUUGCAGUCUAAACCUAUAGCAGCAUAACUAAGAGCUGGUCCGGACCUGAACCAACUUCAACUUUCAGCUUUAUCAAAGAUGGAAGGUACAGAGUGUGUCUUUCCUCCACACCUUGACUGGUUGAUGAUCCCAGGGGAGAGGGGCCAAUAACUGAAAUCUCCACUACCCAGACUACUUUUAGAGACUUAAGGUACAGUGCGCAUGCCUGCAUAUUAGAACUGCAAUGUUCUGGAAGGGUAAUGGUUUAGUAACUUAAUGGUCUUAAUGGUUUAGAAGUAAAAAAUGUCUAAAAAUUCUGCUUAAGAUGGCUAAACUAGAAAAGGUCAGAUGACAGUGAAGCCUUGUAGCCUUGUAGCCUUGUAGCUGACAGAAGUGAGCAGGAACAGCUCAACUCUGAUUGGCUGUUGUGACGCACAUUUCCGCUAUUUUUGAUUGAGUAAAUAAACUCACCACUGAUUAAACUGAAAUUUAUCGCCAUCAUCGAUCACGAUCAUAUAAUCGCCCAGUCCAAAGUUAUGGGAACAUCCCUGGUGUCCAAUGUUUUUAUCAUGCUUAUCACAAAGCUCACUUUUUUUGUUCAUUACAUUCAAUCCUGCAGAAAACAAGAAGUAAAAGUACUUUAAAGGACAAUUGCGAAGGGAUUGCGGAGCAGUCCCACUAUAUGUUAUCCGUAUCUUUAUUGAGUGGGAUUGCGAAGCCACGCUCGAAUAUAUCGCUCCCACGCCCACAAAUUUCUCUCCACAGCCAUAAUAAUUACAUCAAAAUGGAGGUAUAUGUGUUCUGCUUCUCACAAAAGAGGUUUCAAAUCAUUAAACAGGGUUUUUCCUGGCUCAAAUUGAGGCAGAGGUGGCACCAUCCUGACCAUGCGCCAUGACGUGCAUGUAUUUGUAAAUUCAACUGACUCACUUUCUUUUACAGGCAACAUACUUUAAGUUAAGAGUUAAAAAAAGAGUGUGACCAUUAUCAUGUUAAAGCAUUCAUUUAUUAAAACUAUAUACAUGCACAAAUCAGCAGGCAACUUUAAAUUGAAAGUACACUUCAUCCACACAUCUCGCAACCAGACAGAACAUUUCAGCCUCCUCUUUUUCAUUCUGUAGAACCUCCUCAUGCACUCCUUGUAGUCCAAGGCCUCCUGGUCUGGUCCAUCAACGGCCACCUUACAACAGACAUCCAAGUGCCUCUCCUUCAGUCUGUUCCACAGAGGUGUCUUCACCUUAAACAAAACAAUUCAUCAUGCAUUAAGUAUUUUGGUUUUUAUUCUGAUUAGGCCUGGACGAUAUAGAAAAAAAGCAUAUCGAUAAAAAAUAAAUCAUAUUGAUCGAUAUCGAUAAUUAUCGAUAUAAUUAUUAUAAUUAUUUAACAUAUAUUUUAAUUGCAGCCCUGGAUGUUUUAUGCUAUUGCUUAAUGACCUACUUUUAAUAAAGAACACACAAGCACUGAAUUCAAAUUCAAACCUUUAUUCAACCACCUUUUUUUUUUUACCACAACUGAAAGUUUUUUAAAAAAGAACUUAAAAAAAGAAAGAAAUCAACAUAAGUGGCCUGAGUGACGUCAGUAAAUACUGACAAACAUAAAGACUAAAGUGAUCAGAAAAUCUGAUAAAUAAAUAUUUAAAUAGUCUUUUGAUGAAAAUAAACAAAACAAACAAAUAUAUAAAUAAACAGAAUAGCUUUAGGUGGGAAUAGCAUACUACCAGUUUUAACUGUGUGAGAAACUGCCCACAGCCUGGUGUCUGAACACUGAAAUAUUUCUCCCGGGGUCGGGAGAUUUAUUUAUUUUAACUUAUCAUGUGAUUGACUUAAUACGCAAACUGAGCACGAGAAGCAGGACUUAUCCACACCGGUGUUGUGUCGUAGAAUGCACCCCUGCCGAAUGCCCCCCCUGCUAGUAGUCAUGAUCCACAUACUCGCGUCUUUGUAAAAUACGAGCUCAUUUUCUUCCACUUUAAGAAGCUAAUGAGUGGACGGGAUGCAGGGGUGCAUUCUACGGCACAACACCGGAACGUAUUUCCUCCGCACCCUUCUCACCUUUUCUACCCCUGACCCAUUUUCAUGCCUGAAGCGCUGUGUUUGAGAAAUACUUGCAGCCGGGCACUUCAUAUCGCGGGUCGAGAAUGGCUAGAAGCUGUUUGAAGCCAGGCUUUUCAACGGUAGUUAUUGGCAGUAUGUCCCUCGCUAUGAAGCUUGUUACUGCAUGGGUGAUGUCCUUAUGCCGCUUGGACGCUUUGUCGUAUUUUGGCAAGAAACAAAGUCCAGUUUGGUCUGCUUCACUUGCUUUGUGCUGGUGCUGGCAGCGGUUCCAGAGGAUUCCUCCUCCGACGACGACGUGGACCCGCGGCGCGGCCAACACAGCUCGUACUCCUGCGGGUGCGACCGGUUUAGAUGGUAAAACAAGUUGGUUGUGUUACCAGACUUGGUUUUUACUAAUUCUCUGCAAAUUUUGCAAACGACCGCUGUUCGCUUUUUGUCAGACUUCUAAAAACCAAAACAUUGCCAUGCUGGAGAACUACUGAGACCUUUUUUCGGGACAAUUUCCUCUGCUUCUCCUUGCUGUAACAUUAUUUCUAAUACACAUGCUGUCUGUUGUGGUUGGAGAGGGGCUGGACUUGGUGCCGUAGCGUACCUGGGUCUGCGUUUGUGAUUGGUUGGGAGGAAGUAAUGACUGUAGUAAAAGCUACAUGAUAGGCUAUGAUGAAAAAGAAAGAGAAACUGUGUUUUUCUAUCGAACUUUUUAUCGACCCGUUUUUUUUCUAUCGUACCACACGUCUAUCGAUCGAUAUAUAUUGUUAUCGAAUUAUCGUCCAGCACUAAUUCUGAUACAGACAUGAAGAGUGAUAGUGUUUUCAAUCAUAUAUUAUAUAUAUGUAUACGCUGCAGUGUCCUCUCCCUAAAAAAAAAACGACAAUCGAUUAUUUCUUAAACUAUAUUAUUUUAGUUUUUGUAACUUUAUUAGUUGAGUGUUUUUAGGUACUACCAUCUUUAAUGUACUUCUCCUUCUCUUCUGCUUCUUUGUGAAUGGCUGUUACCUCAUGUCUUUUUAAUGUGUCCAGCCUGUAGUUGGUUGAUGGCUGUCUCACUAAGGAGGCAGCAAUUGCCUGCUGUGUUGGGGCACAGUGCUUUUGGUAUAAAUAGCAGUGCAUGCCUUCCUCUGUAUGCCUGAGCCAGGUAAAUUGAUUGAGCCACUGCUUGUCAAAGCCACUGGCUCUGUGUUUUUGAGAAGAUCUGGAGAGAGGAAUAAAAACCACGCACAUGUUGGCUUUGCGUUGUUAUGCUCCUAAUUGGAAACUAAUUAAUUAAUUACCCUCGCCUCGCCGACUCGUCCUGUCCUGCAUUCUUACCCUCGCAAUCACCAGUCCCUUGUGAAGUACUUUCAGACCUGACACAAAUUUCCACGUUGUCACCACCAUGAAUUACAGCAUUUUAACUGCCUGUUAUGUUUUUUCUCUGCUGUGUUUCACCUGGACUCUUGACUUUCCUCCUCGCGAGGUCGCUUUUUAAAGUACUGGCUGAUUUUGCCUGUCAUAUCUGCAACGCUAAAAAACGGAGGAAACUUUUUUUUUUAAAUAAACACGUCAUGCUUGGAUGCAAAAAAGACAAGCAGUUUUUACCUUUUUGUACCAUCCGCCAGGGAAAAUCAGGACGCCGAUAGCACCAACUAGCGGGGGAAAAAAACUUGAAAAAACAUGAUUAGAUCCAUUUCUUCUUCGGUAGAUGCUUCAGGUCUUUCCGGUGCACUGCUGUUGAUAUAGCGCCUCUAUAGUGGCGCAACGCUGCAACUGCAUUUAAAAUACGUUGCUGCUGCAGAGGGACAUCAUACGCUCAAUCAACACAGCUGGAGCUUUACGCUGUGUUGAGCGAAAUCAAUAGCUUUGGCUGGGGGCGGCACAAAAUUAGGUGGAGGCGGCCGCCACGCAAUUUUGAACGCAGGAAAAACCCUGAUUAAAUCGUACCCCUUGGCAAGCAGGUGACCAACUAUCCAAAAAAGGCAAAGAACUUUUUUAACUCGCUGUUGUGGCCACAUUUUUUAGAGUACAGACAUGGAAAACACAUCAUUGUGUUCAUGAAGGGCGGAGGAUUCGUACCAUGUUCUUAUUUUCAUUCUGUGAUUUAAGGAAAUCGUGCUAUGUGAAGAAGUUCAGAGGCCCUAAAUUCACUGCAGUUAGGCAGCUUCUCAUUCAAACAGUAGGUCAGUUAAUGCCUUUGAUGUCUGACACCUGUUAAGAUGCAAUCAUUAACGAGACACACACACAGUCUGACAAUGUGUGUGCGUGUGUGUCAGCUUUAAGCCUCCUCUCUCCUGCUGCAGUGACACAUCUUCCUUCGCCAUGGCAACCAAUUAGUGCACCUGGAGACACACACCUGCGUGGAAGGCUGCUUCUAACAGCCAUAAGAGACACAUGAAGCCAGGCUCAGUACACAGAGCACUGAGUGUUACAUUUAAAACCCUUCACCAGAGCACCAGAAAAAAUUCAGCCCCUAUCUCCUCCCACAAACUUUGACCGACAGAAACCAUUCAGGGCUCCAAAAAUUCAGCUCAUUGAGGACAUUAUGGGGGGUACUCAGGAUUUUUAUUCAUUUAACUUGUCCCCACUUUAAAAUUAUUCUUAUUAUUCAUGCAUUAUUAAAUUCUUCAGACAAAUCCAAACUCAUUCAAACUGAUUCAAACCUUUCUGAUACUUAAAACUUGUUUAACACUUUAGGACUUCUAAUUAUUAUUUUUUCCCAUUUCAAAAUAGGGCUGCACGAUAUGAGAUUUUGGUCAUAUCCAGAUAUAGCUCAUUUUAUAUCCCGAUACGAUAUACAUCACGAUGUAAUACAUUUUUUGUAAAUUCAAUUGAUGCAUAGUUUAUAUAAAAUUGCUACGUGGAAAUGUAGUUUAAAUGAUAUAUUCAACAAGGUACGUUACUAAACAAGACUUCUUUUAUUUAGAGCCCUCUGAAAAAUAUUGAAAACACUUUUGAAUAAUUCAACAUUUGUGUAAACAACAAUUAGUUACACAAGGUUUAAUAAUGAAAUGAACAUCCAUACGUUCCAUAGGCUAGCUCAUUCACAUGACAUUAGCAUGUAAUGUAGAACGGAUUUUGAGUAACUAAAUAUUUGAGUAAGGGAGGAGAGAGGGCGUGGAGUGGGUUUAACACAGCAGAGACCUGUAUUGACCAAUUACAUCAGCUCCUCUCCUCGCCUUUACAUCCACCACCGUCGAGGCGUAUUGCAAUGUUCGUGAAGUAGUCAAAGAGAUCAAGAGAUGUCUGAAGACAGCAUUGCCACUCGAUGGCUAGAGAAGGCAGCUCCUCAAUUAAGGUCGCUGUAAGCGCUGCAGAGGGCAUCCUUCACAUUCUCUCAAAUAAGAUGGAUAUGGUGUGUGUAAGUUUGUACCCACUGGUAAGACAAACACCCUUUUCCACAAAUAAGGAAACUCACAUAAAGUUGCAUAUAUUCAAACCUCACGUGACAAAGGUGGGUUGUGCACACAGAUCACAACAUAAAUUCCAAUAAUGGCAUUAAAAUUGGAACCAUCUGUACGUAAUGACGCAUCGUGCUCCGUGGCCUGGCUCUUUCUUUCAUAGAUGUUGGCAUAUAAAUAUAAUGUUCUCUACCUACCCAGCAUACUGUACAGUUUAAAUACCCAAGUACACCUCUGUAUGUGCAUUUUUUAAAUACCUAAAAACAGAACGAAAGUUUGCUGCUUCAUUUGACAUGUCAUGAUCCAAUACUCGUGUUUUUUUUAAAUAUGAGAAUUUUUUCCACUUUAAGAAGCUAAUGAGUGGAUGGGAUGCAGGGGUGCAUUCUACGGCAUAACACCUAUCAAGCUGCGUGAGGAAGGAGGAGGAUAAGCGGGGAGACAAAUUAAGUAUCUUGUUAACUUCAUCAUGUGUGACUGUUUACUGGAUAUUUAAUUUGGGGGCUGCUUCACCGGGAGCGGGUUCUGGUCUGUUGGUGGGGGCGCCGUUCUUGGGACAGCUCUGGCCCGGGUGGAACCAGAGAGCUCUACACCUUGGUGCGGAGCCUCCUGUCUGCCCGGGCUGGUGGUCCCUGUGACGGCGCCCCCUGCAGCAAUGGGCCGGGAUGCCUCCCGGUCGACGUGGCCCCCAAAGGUAGCGUCUUCCUCACCUCAGAUCUCAGUGCCCAGUCAUGUCUCCUCACCAUCAGCUGCGAACUGUGUAGGUGCGUGUGUAUGUGAAGUUGUAUGUGUGGAAAUGUAUGUCUAUGUUCACGGGUGUGUGUAUGGGUAUAAUUGUGCGGGUGGGAGGUUUGGGGUUUUCUUGGGGAUUUUAAUGUUUCUAGGGCUGCAACUAACGAUUAUUUUGAUAAUCGAUUAAUCUGCCGACUAUUUUAAUAACUAAUCGAUUAAUCGGAUAAACAGGCUAAAUUCAUCAAUGCAGCUGUUAAUAGCAAUAGCAUAGGGCUUUAGUUUAUCAUAUGAGUUUAUCUGCCAUGAGGUGUUGAGGUCUCUGCAUGUGUAGGUUACUGACAUACUGUAAUCAUCGGGUCUUUCUCGUCCUUAUAAAAACCUGCUCUAUUUCGGGGAGUGUCUGUCUUCUUCUGUAGUCAAACCGCAAGAUAUCAAAAUCUACAUGGAUACAGCAAUGCUGCUUUUUGAUUGGCUGUUCAGUAGAUAUACUUUAUUUGAUUGGCUUGCGCGUGGCACGCAGCUUCUGAACUCUCGGAGAAACUCACCUGAUUUCCUCCUGUUCCAUAGUUAAAGAAGUGCAACUUGGUGGACAUCACCAUGUUCAUUUAAAUGCAUGAGAAAUACAAUGUGUGGUGUGUGAGCGUGUGAACGAGUGGGAAUGCGUGUGUCAUACGCUGAAUGCGUGAGACUUGAGAGCCCUGUGCUCACGCAUCAUCGAUGUACUCCCGUGCCAUGCAAAACGGGCUUUGCAAAUGUUGCACUGAACGCCUUCCUUUUCAGUCUUGGUAAAGUUUUCCCACACCACUGAUGUUUUAGGUCGGGAUUUGGGUUGGGUUGUGUCCAUGUUUUUCUCAGCCGCUGCCUCGGCCAUGGCUGUUUCUUUUCUGUGCGUCCUGCUGAUGUUUACACGCCGGUGUCCAUGGACAUAUAUAGAGACCCGACGAAUCGAUUACAGAAUUAGUUGGCAACGAAUUUUUUCGUCACGACGAAUCGACUUAAUCGAUUCGUUUUUGCAGCCUUAAAUGUUUCAUUUUCUUUUUAUGCUUUGUAAGGCACUUUGUGUUACAACUUGUAGGAAAAGUGCCAUAUAAAUGAAAUAAAGUUGAAGUUGAAGUUAAUGCGGUUUCAGCUGUGUUAAUUCGGUCAGGUGGAGUGUCCAAACCCGUGCCAAACACGCUCAUCAGAUCAGAUAUACAUCAGAAUAUAUCGAUAUAGGGGAUCUACAUGUGCUGACUCAGAAUAAAACAGCAGCGGUCUGCUCCGUGUCGCUCCUUUUAAAACCAAACCACGACCACACAACUGACGUUGCCCCCGUUUCGGCAGCAGCUCUUCCGUCUGCGUUGGCUCGUCUGCGUUUGAUGCACGAGAAUUGUUGUCUCUUGCGCCACAAUCACCCGGCCCCUCCAUGCUUUUGUCUUUCACCGUGGCAGUAGCGCGUGUGGGCAUGCCAUAUAUGGAGCGUCACGACGUAAAACACUGCCGUAAAGCGUGUUUUUGCGACACCACGAUGGAAACGAUAGAGCUCAUGUAUCCCGAUAGAAAUUUUCUAUCGUUUAGACGAAACAUAUCGUUAUAUCGUGAAGCCUUAUUUCAAAAUCAUUCUCAUUAUUUAUGUAUGUUUCAAUUCUUUAAACAAAAUCCCAGUUCUACCACUACAAUUACUACUUAUGUCACUUAAACUUGUAUCUUCACUUCUACCUCACUGCUCUUGCUUCUCUUAAUAUUUUUUUUACUUUUACUCUUGCUUCUACCACGAGCUCGAGCUUUGACUUCUACUUCCUCUAUUCUAAAACUACUUCUACUGCUUACAUGACUACUAAUAUCACUACUUCAACUACCUAUUAUCAUACUACUUCUAGUACUACAACUUAAACUUAUGCCACUUCUCACUUUUCUGUGUUUUAAAGUAAUUUUCUUCCUUAUCCAAUUUUUUUUGCAAUUUCAGACAGUUUUUCUAGCCUUAUUCAGCAUGAAUGCAAUUUUAAUUUAUGAAGCACAUUCAUACUAUUUGCAAUUUUCACUUUCAUCCAACUUCUACUUCUCUUUCUCCAGCCCUUUAACCAAUUUUACAUUUAAACCUUCCUCCAUUUUUUUUAGCAGUUUAGCAUUGCUUUUUCAGCUUUCAGCAGUCAGGAUUUUUCUAGUUAUUAUUAUUAUUAUUAUUAUUAUUCCGUACCUUUUUUGGCACUUUUAAACUCCUUCAAACUUUGGGCGAUUUCAACUUUUAAACUAUUCCUCUCCUUCAGGAAAAGUGCAGAUGUAUUUUUCACUUUUCUACCUUUUCUACUUUUUGAUAUUUUUUACUUUUUGUGCAAAAUUUUUCCCAUAAAAAUGAAAUGAAAUUUCUUCUUUUUCACUUCCAAAUUCUAGGCCUUACAACUUCACCAUACUUUCACCUACAGACCUCAUUUUUGCUUUAAAAUAUUCACAAUCUUCUCCUCUAAAUAUCUUGUACUCAGUUUUUUGUGCUAUCUCCUAGAGUUUGUCCAUAAUUUAGCUUUAUGCAACUAAUGGUUUUCAGCAAAGUUUCAGGCUUCAUAAUGGGUGUGUAUUGGAAGAGCUAGAGUGAUGAUGUCAUCGCUAGAGUGGACAGCCCCUCUUUUAUCGACAGAACCUCGCUCGAAUUUAUCACUCCCACGCCCCCAAAUUUCUCUCCACAGCCAUAAAAAAUACAUCAAAAUGGAGGUAUAUAUGUCCUGCUUUUCACAAAAGAGGUUUCAAAUCAAUAAAUCAUACCCCUUGGCCAGCAGGUGACCAACUGUCCAAAAAUGGCAAAGAACCCUGGCAUUGGCCCUAAUGUAUUUUUUCUCCAAGAAAAUCCUGAUCAUCACUCAGGCUCAGACCUUUUUAACUCGCUGUUGUGGCCACAUUUUUUAGAGUACAGACAUGAAAAACACAUCAUUGUGUUCAUGAGGGGCUGAGGAUUCGUACAAUGUUCUUAUUUUCAUUCUGUGAUUUAAGGAAAUCACGCUAUGUGAAGAAGUUAAGGGGCCCUAAAUUCACUGCAGUUAGGCAGCUUCUCAUUCAAAAAGUAGGUCAGUUAAUGCCUUUGAUCUCACAGCUGUAAAGGAUGCAAUCAUUAACGAGACACACACACACACAGUCUGACAAUGUGUGUGCGUGUGUGUCUCUGUCUAUAAGACCUUCAUGUACACACAGUUAAUAUGUGUCUGCUUCACCACCUAUCUCCACCCACAAACUUCCUUUUAUAGAGCAUAUUCAUACUAUUUGUCCUUCAACCAAUUAAACAAUUAUCCAACUUGUAUUUCUUUUUCACCCCUUCAACAGCUUUAACAUUUAUACCUUUCUCCAUGUUUUAUUAGCAGUUUAGCAUUGCUUUUUCAGCUUUCAGCACUCAGGAUUUCCACGCAUUUUCUGCAAGGAAAUGCAAUUUUUCGAGGUAUUAUUAUUAUUAUUCUUCCAUACCUUUUUUGGCACUUUUCAACUCCUUCAAACUUUGUGCGAUUUCAACUGUUUGACUUUUAAACUAUUCCUCUCCUUCAGGAAAAGUGCAGAUGUAUUUUUCACUUUUCUACCCUUUAUAAUUUUUGAUAUUUUUUACUUUUUGUGCAAAUUUUUUCCCAUUGAAAUUCUACCUUUUCCACUUCCAAAUUCUUAGCCUUACAACUUCAGCAUACUUUCACCUACAGACCUCAUUUUUGCUUUCUUUCAUUUGUAGCGAUUUGAAUUUAUAAUAAGUGUCUGAAGAUUAAUAAUCUCAAAUUAUGACAUUUAUGCACUCGUUGAAAGGGGCACCACCCACCCUUAAUGGUGGGAAAAUAAAGAAAAGCAAAAGUUUAAUUCAGAAAUCAAACAUCAAGUCAAUCUUUAAUUAAUCAAUCUCAUAUCUUGAGCCGAAAUUCUCAUUUCAGGGACUCCACUUCUGGAAAAACACUAACAGACAAGAACUUCGAAAAAUAAUGAUCUGUUUAUUACAGGAUAAAUGAUGGUACAACAUACAUGCAAUAAAUGAUGAUAAGAUAAUGAGGAUAAGUAAUAGGUGAAUAAAUAAAGAUUCUGAGUCAGGCUAGGAGCACUAAAGUUAAUGAUAGUGAGUGAAUAUGCACUAACAUAUUAACCUACACUAACUUUGGUGUCGAGAUAAACUCGGAUGUGGAUUUGGAGGACUCUAAGAUUACCAGAAUAAGUGGAUAUCUGAGUUAUGAAUGCAUGAGACAGCACCAGCCCUCUUUGGAGCUCUGGAGGUUUGCAUACUUAAGUGAGACUGGUCCUUGGAGAAGAUGGAGCAGGUUCCAAAGGUCCGGGGUUACCGGCGGUUCGAGCGGUUCAGCUCAGAAGACGACUGAAGUCAGCCGAAGGAUGGGCCAGGAGUUGUAGCACUCGGGCCUGAAGUAAAGUCGGCGCCUGUGGAUCCUGUGGAUGCUCGUUUGGACGCUUCUUUGGUCUCACUCAAAAACUCUGGCACAGAGGAUGACCUGGGCCUGCUGGGUUUUGUUCCGAGGUGACUUUGAAAUCACGCAGAUAACUCAGAAAAACAAGGCUCGAUGACCAGGGAAAACUUUAAAAAAUGGUUCGCGAAAUUAAAGAAAAAUCAAUCAAAGGCUUAAUCUUGAAUUGCUAUGCGCACAAAAAGUUGAAGUUUCACAACUUGAACUAAGACGAUGUUAAAGAAAAUCAACGUGAAUCAACACGUGGCGUAAAACUUAGAAGACUAAGAAAAGUAAGACUAAGUAGUAAGAGCUAAGAGAAAACAAAAGAAAGAGGCACACAGAAGGGUGUGUAAGAGAGUAAGCGAACAAGAGAAUAAGGGUAACAAGAGAGUAAGGGCAGAAGAGCGAAAAAAGGGAGAAGAGCAUGAGCAACCCCACUUUACUGGUUUUAUCUUCUCACACUGGGAGUGUCUCUGGCGUGUGUGUGUGUGUGUGAGGAGAAAGAGGAGGGGUCGUGGGGUCUCCAAGAAGAGGAGACCUCGGAUCUCUGAUUAUUUGAUCUAACUUAUACUUUUGGCUGGUAAAAGAGUCAGAUCUGAUACUCACUCACUAUGAUUAAUAUCAUUGAAUGCUUUGUUUCAUGAUAAAUGAUUUGAUACUAAACACAUAUGAAUGAAAUGUAGGAUCACAUCAAACAUUCUCAUUAUGUUUUAAGUAUCACAUGCUAAAUUACUCUGAAAUGAAACAGAUAAUAACACAUAGAAACUGUGAACAACAAAAGAGUAAAUACAUGUGAAUGAACGUCAUCAUGAUUAAUAAUGGAUUCUAAAUACUUACAUUCAGAUUAUUCAAUGACAUUAUAACCACCUAAUGGUGAAAAAUACUAAAUAAACAACUAAAAUAUAAACCAAACAUUUCCAAACCAUUUCUGUUACUUAGAGUAAAGUUAUGAUUCAUAGUCAAUAAAUUUAACUCUUAAAAGUUCAUGAAUCAGUCUGAAAAGCUGUUGGUCUAAAGAAACUAAAGAAUAAGGAUUUAUUCUGUCAGAGUGAUAACUCAGCUUCUGGAGCACAUAGAAAAACGGGAAACAUCUCAUUUUAACACAAAUUUCAUGAUUAGACAGAUUAGUACAUUGCUGAAUGCAUAAGAUGUCAUGAUCAGUCAUUUGUAUUCUUUCACCAAAGGAAUGCAGUUUUUAUCAGUACAUGGUUGAGCAGGGUUUUACGACUGGGGUCUGAGGUCAGUGUCCCCCCUUAUCUUGGGGUCCGUAUGUUCACACACUUUAAGACGGUGAAGCACUCCACCAGUCAGGCAUUUAUGGUAGAGUGGCCAGACAGAAGCCACUCCUCAGUAAAAGGCACAUGACAGCCCGCUUGGACUUUGCUAGAAGGCACCUGAAGGACUCACAGACCAGGAGAAACUCUGGUCUGAUGAAACGAAGAUCGAACGCUUUGGCCUGAACGCCAAGCGUCAUGUCUGGAGGAAACCAGGCACCACUCACCACCUCGCCAAUACCAUCCCUACAAUGAAGCAUGGUGGUGGCAGCAUCAUGCUGUGGGGAUGCGGCAGGAACUUGGAGACUUGUCAGGAUCGAGGGAAAAAUGAAUGCAGCUAAGUACAUCGAAAUCCUUGAUGAAAACCUGCUCUAGAGUGCUCGAGACCUAGCCACAAAGGAGUGGCUUCAGGACAAGUCUCUGAAUGUCCUUGAGUGGCCCAGCCAGAGCCCUGAACGCAUCACUCUCGCAUAUCUCGCGUUUGUUUUCUUUUCAUGGAAAUGUUCAUUUUGCAACAAACACUGCUUAAAUAUAGUUUACAACUGAAACCGACCUGAAUCAUUCCAAACUGUAAAGUUAAAGUAUCAAUCCAGUGUCUGUGAGGCUCAGCAGAAACACAGGACUAUCUCUGGUUGUCUGGAAACCUGGAAACUUAAGACAAAUAUAGGUGGUCUUUACACGAGUACGAAUUUGUAAGACACUGGUAAAAUAAAGUAUUGAUCUGGUGAUAUUGACACACGGAGACGCGUAUUUGUCCAUGACUCUGCAUCUUUUUUGAAAACGGGUCUGCAAGUGGAUAUCUGUGUAUUCGUCUUCAUGCCGUAGUUGGUGUAAAUAGAUAAGUCCGGUAAAGACGAUGACCUCACAGCACCCCUCCUCCUCCCCGCCCCCCAACCCACGUUGUCACACACACAGUAACAACAACAAUGGAGGUAGCUGGGGUGAGUUUGCUCCUGUUCCAGCAACUACAAAUAUUGCUACGACUUUUAUGCCAACAUGAACAGCGUUCAUAAUUACCACUGUUGUUUACGUACAGAACAUAAGCAUGGACAGGAAGAAAGUCCACCUUGUAUGCGCAUGCGCAUUCUCUGUUUUCAGUGCUUUGUGGCAAUUUCACAGUGUCACCUUUAGGCCGGGCGCAUGUACUACAGGAUUUUGCGUGGAUUUUGCGUUGUCGUGUAAAUGCACUAAGCCUAUGUACAAUACGAUGUGUAAACAGCGAUAAACGUUUUGGUGCCGACGCCAAGACAAUACGGGGCCGUCCUCGUGUGAGGAGGGCCAUAGUGACCCAAUUCAUGAAUGAAUGUGGACCAUGCUACGAGAAAUUGAUAAUGUUAUCAGGAUGUACAUUUGUUGGAAAUGUAUCUCUCAAUGAUCUCCACAUCCAAGCUCUACUAGCAGCAAACAGUUCCGGAUCAUUCACAGCAGUCCCUGCAUACCGAUUAAGUCCUGCUCUCUGCAAGAUCUCUUCCAUAGCUGGGACCCCUAAAAUGCUGGCUAGGAGUCUCUUGAUAUCUCCCAUGGCAGGCUGCCAUCCCACCAUAAUUUCUUCCAACUUUGAAAUCCAAGGAUGAGCUCCCUCCUAAAGAGUAGGUAACUUUUCAAGGAUGUCUGACAUCUCUGUAUUCUGCAAAGGCUUAUACUCCAAAUUCUGUCCUCGAACAACAACUGGACACAUUUUUUCAGCUGGUUUAUUACCUUUUCUUGGGCGUAAGGAAUACCCUGAAGUAUAUGGCUUUUCUACUCUUUUCUUCUUCAAGUCUUUCUUUGCUAUUCGCAGCUCCUCUAAUUCUUCCCUCAAUUCUCUUCGUCUUUCUGGACUGGAAGCAUCCCUCAGGUCAACACAGCAUUUAUCUAUGCGUUUUUCAAUCCUUUUCAAAGCCCAGCUCCUCUAAUUCUUCCCUCAAUUCUCUUCGUCUUUCUGGACUGGAAGCAUCCCUCAGGUCAACACAGCAUUUAUCUAUGCGUUUCUCAAUCCUUUUCAAAGCCCUGUGCUUUUCCUCAGCUUCAGUCCUUGGUGUUGACCAAAGAGAAUAUGAAGACUCUUCACUCUCUGAUUUGUCAUCCCUAUCUUCAUCUUCACUCUCCUCCAAGGUGUCUUUUACUGGCUCUUUUUUCCUUAAAGAUUUUUCUCCUCUUUUCUCUGCUUUGGCUAAUACUUUUCGAACUGCUGGGUUGUAGCCUCCAAUAGCCUCCUCUGAAUCACUCUGACUGUCAUCUCCCAUUUCUAUUUUUCUAUACCUUUGUUCACUUCUAGCUGCUGGAUGACCUGUUUUCUUUUUACUUUUACUGCUUGGGUACAUCUUAAUAGUUGUUUUAGCUGUUCCUGUUUCUAUUAUCUGCUCCUCCUCAUCUUUGAUGUGAUAUGUGCCCUCCUGUUUAAUUACGGGGAGCUGAGGAUAAACAUCAGUGUACCUUAUCUCUUUCUCAUACAGUGGGAGGCUCUUCACUGGGGUCGUAUGUGAGAAAGGUUCAUUCACUUUUGCCAUUAAUUUUUCUGUUUCCUUAACGUUUUUUUGUGUAUUUCUUCUGCAAUCCUGUCUUUUCUUUCCUUAUCAGCUUUUAGCAUCUUCUGCCCCUCUUGCUAAAACAAUUGCAAAAUGCCAAGCUCCAUCUGUCUCUUUUCUUUAUGUUUCUUUCCCUUCUUUCCUCUCUUUUGCUCUGCCUUAUAGGUGGACACUAGCACUUACAUUGUGUUAACUACUUCUGGAUUAAAGGUACCUUCCACUGACCAAGGCUGGUCAAUGUCAGGCCACCUCUUACUCCAUUUCUUUGACAUCUUUUCAACACCCUUAACAAGUGGAUUGCUCUUCGUCACUACAUCAACUGGAGUAAUAGCUUUCGAACUUUUAACAUCCAUGUUUGGCCUUGUGAUACUGCCUUUAAACUUCUUCAUAGAAAUCAAGAACACCAACUGAUGACCAAACAGGUUAUUCAAAGUGCAGUUUAGCUAUUUUCACCUUAAAACAAGGAAAGCCAAAGAAAUCUGCCAGCCCCAGAGACUUAAAAUUUCUCAAGACCCAAAAAAGAUCACUUUGUGUGAUUUUACCAUGCAGCAAUGACAACCCACAUCCAUAAGUGCAUCAGAAUUUAGACCCCUUAGAAAUGCUCUAUUAAUUCAACAGUACUCCAGUACUUAAUCAGCUCUUUCAACUAGUCAGUCUAUUGCCAAGCUUUCCUUCUUCCUAACACCAACAUAUUGUAUUAGACAACUCCCAAACAACUGCUCCUAUUGUCUAGCACUAACCCAACUAAAUGUGUUUCCAUUAUAAAUUUGUGUAUGUACAACUAAGUAGCAGCAGACACAUAGGAGAAGAGUUUGUAGACAAAACUGUACUAGCCUGUCAAAAUGGAAUUAGGGCCUGGUGAGCCUCUCAUCCGCAAGCCCCCUUUUGUUUGCAGCCCAGCCAACUCUCUUCUUAUCUGCCCUCUGGGAGAUCCAGAUUCAGACACAUUCCAUCCUCCUCUCCCCUCUCAUGCAUCAGAGUUGAGGACAAAGAACAAAUUACAUCUUUAGUACAAUACAAUCACCUCACUCAGUACAAUUAAAUACAUACCUUUUUUACCAUUAUUCAAAGAUUUCCUCUAUCAUAAACUACAAAUCUAUCAGCCUAAAUUUAUUAUACACCAUUCACCUUUACCAUAGUAUACCAUUUAAGAGUAGUUCAACUAAAUUUUUUUUAGCUUUCUUUCUGUUCUCAGGCCUGCAAGAAGAGAAAGAAAGGGGGAGGAAAAGUUCCCUGGAUUCUUCUUAUCUUAAACUAGGAUUUUCCCUCUACACAUGAUCAUCAGCAAGUGACCAUCAACUUUAAACAUUCAUACACACAGAGAGAAAAACCACACCCAUCAGUCAGCACUCCAUUUUACUGCACUCUUUACUCUGUUAUUUCCCUGUAGUUGUAUGAACACAAAUGGCCUUACUGGUCUCUACACUUCUUUGAUUUCAAUAUUAGUCAAGGAUGUUAUUAGUCAUCCAAAGUCCUCCUCAUCUAAUAAGGGGCUCAUUUCUUACUAUUAGGUGUACAAACGUCCUCUUUAUCCUGAGAGGCUCAUAGCAGUUACUUGUUUUUAGCACUACAAAGGCAACAGUAUCUCUUCCCCUAUAUGAUAAUUUCUUAUAUCAUAUAUGUUUAAUACGACGUUGUUUAUCACUUUAUCAUAAGUUUAUCACUUAUACCUAUGCUAAACCAUUCCCCAACUUUGUGCACACACCACUCACUGCACACACACACACACACACAGACUCCUUUGCACUCACACUCACAGCUUGACAUCCACACACAUACUCCUCACACACACACACCAGAAGCUCCUCUCACACACUCAAAAUUCCAGCACACCUCUUCUCACUGAGCUCAAUGUUUCCUUACUAUAGUAUAUAGUAGGCCUGGGUGAUUUGGCAAAAAAAAAAAUCACGAUUUAUUUUGUCAUAUCGUCCAAUCUCGAUUAAUAUCACGAUUUUUUUUAAAGUGCCAGUUUUAAAGUAUCUUUACUAAAAACAAAAAAAAUAGAGAUUAGUUCAACAUUUUAUUAACAUCAGGCAUGAAAAUCUCUCACUUUUCGGCGAAAUUCGCCGUUUUUAAGUCAAAAAGGGUGACCUACAUGAAUCGUGUAGAUCCGGGGAGAAUUUUUUUUGGGGUGGGGGUCGGGGUCGGGAGAUUUUUUCUUUAUUAUUAUCAUGUGAUUGACUUAAAACGUAAACUGAGCACUUCAGAAAUCGGCCCUUUAAAUGACACUUGGACGGUCAGCAAAUCCUCCUGGCUCCUUCACUGACGAGAACCAAUCAUAGGCCAAACUGCGUUCCAUUAUUCCAAUCAUGCGCACACUCUUCACGUGUACUUGGAGUGCUUGGAGAGCCUGUGGGGACGGGAGCGCGGUUGAAAGUACACAACAAGGCGAAAUAAUCCAAGUUUUCCUUACCGUUGGACGGAUUCAAAAGCGUGUGCCUUUAAUGACUUCAUGCAGGUUCUAGAACUUGUUGUCCUAUGCUUUGGCCCAUGCUUGAAGCCUGUUGUGACAAAAUAAAAACAUGUGAACCCUGGUCUUUUUAACACUCCUUUUCGCCGCUGAUGUUAUUCAUUUAUUCAUUAAAACGUAAUGGUUGAGUUCAGAAGCUGCGUGCCACGCGCAAGCCAAUCAAAUAAAGUAUAUCUACUGAACAGCCAAUCAAAAAGCAGCAUUGCUGUAUCCGGGUAGAUUUUGAUAUCUUGCGGUUUGACUACAGAAGAAGACAGACACUCGCCGAAAUAGAGCAGGUUUCUAUAAGGACGAGAUAGACCCGAUGAUUACAGUAAGUCAGUAACCUACACAUGCAGAGACCUCAACACCUCAUGGCAGAUAAACUCAUAUGAUAAACUAAAACCCUAUGCUAUUGCUAUUAACAGCUGUAUUGAUGAAUUUAGUUUCUGUACAGCCAUUUUCAGCCAUUUUCCCCUCCACAAAAGCAGCAUUUCUCAUAUAUUCUUUUUGAAGUUCUGACAGUGUAACGCUCAUGUACCAGUAUCUCGAUGUUUGUGAAACCUAUACUAAAGUACAAUUCAUCUAAAUGCUCCUCAUUGCUGAUUUUAGCAACUCUCCUCCACAACAGGUAACUUUACGACUUUAUUCUUAUAUAUUAUUGACUUUAUUCUCCUAAAUAAUAACUUUAUUGUCUAAGAUUUAAAAACGUUUUUUUUCCUUAUGUGGCCCUCAUUCUCCGUUGUAUUUACCCCCCUUCUCACCUUUUCAACCCCUGACCCAUUUUCAUGCCUGUAACAUACAAAGUAAAUAACAAAGAAAAUUGAAUAAGAUACACUUAGAAAAAUCUAAAAAACAUUUUAACUCAACAGUACUACAUGUUCUACAUGCUCUCCCGUAUGAGGCUCUCUGAACAUCUGUGCAUGAAAUACAGCACUCUUUUAUCCGAGGCUGCCCUAAACGCAUCACUCUCGCAUAUCUCGCAUUUGUUUUCCUUUCAUUGAAGUGUUCAUUUUGCAACAAACACUGCUUAAAUAUAGUUUACAGCUGAAACCAACCUGAAUCAUCCCAAACUGUAAAGUAAAAGUGUCAAUCCACUGUCUGUAAGGCUCAGCAGAAACACAGGACGAUCUCCGGUUGUCUGGAAACCUGGAAACUUUGGACAAAUAUAUUGAUCCAAUUCAUGAAUGAAUGCGGACCAUGCUACGAGAAAUUCCCAGGAGAAAUGACAAUACGGGGGGUGGGCGGGAGAUAGGUCUGAAAUACGGGAGAGUCCCGGGAAAAACGGGAGUGUUGGCAGGUAUGGAUAUGAUUGAUCGCUGUUUUGGUCUAGUGGCUGCACCGCUAGUUGUGGCUAAACUGCUAAUGCUACUCGUACCGUCAGCAGUGACAGGCUGUACAGACUCCGCUCGCAUUUUCAUGCUUCCCGCAUAAUCAUUCGGGAAGAACAGAUUUGUUAUGUUGCCGGUUUAUCGGCUUAAUUGCUUGACGUCACUUUGGAGAGACGUUGAAUAACUUGAAUAACUCAACUAUGACAUCUUCUAAGGAUGACUCAAAGUCAUGGCUCACAUCUAUCUUGCUGCCCUCAGCUCUGGGUUUAGCUCCAUGUUCGGUCAUUCUGUUUAUUUCUCCUUACUUCUCCGGUAACUUGCAGAAGUGAGCAGGAAAAGCUCGACUCUGAUUGGCUGUCGUGACGCACGUUUCUGCCAUGUUUGAUCGAGUAAAUAUGCUCACAGCUGAUCACUGUGAUCGAACUGAAAUUUAUCGCGAUCAUCGAUCACAAUCAUAUAAUCGCCCAGUCCUAGUAUAUAGGCCUUUUCUUCUUUUAACUGUCCUAUGCCCAAUCGCAUCUUCCCUACCUGUCUGUUAACUUAAUCUCUUUUCUCUUCUGUAAACUUUCCCUACCGGUUUGUAUUCCCAAUCACGACUUCCCUACCUUUAAGCUAACUUAUUCUCUUUUUUCUUCUGUAAACUUUCCCCACCGGUUUGUAUUUCCAAUCACGACUUCCCUAACUUUAAGUUAACUUAUUCUCUUGUUUCUCUAUUCCUGGGCCAUCUCAGCCCUUUUCUCUUUUUCACUUUGUCUCUUUUACUUUAUUCUCUUUUCUUCUUUAUCUCUUUUACUCUUUAUCUCUUUUCAUCAUUUAUUUCUCUUUUCACUUUUCUUACUCUUUAUUUGCCAAUUGCCCUGGGCUCCAGGUUUUCACUCCUCACUUUUCUUUUCUCGCCCCAAUUUCGACUAUCCUUUUCCAGCCAGACGUUCACAUUAGUCACUAAUUUACACGUCUUACCGUUAAGAUAAGGGCCCUAUCUUUGUUAAUCUUGCAUGGUUAUUUAGCACACUCCCAUUACUAGUCUCUUCAACAGCACAUCACAGCCUUUUUACAUAAGAUACUUUUAUACAGUACAGCCAAACAGCUGAACACAACAGCUCCAACAAACUAAACCAGCAGCCCUUUAUGUGAGUCAAACACUCACCUGGCGCCAAUGUGGUGCAAGAAUAGAUGCGCUGAAGCUGCGGUGAUCCUCUGGAGGCCGUAUCUGAUCCUGUCCAUGAUGCCAAUUUGUUGUAUCUGGUCUGUCCGCGCUGUGUAGAUGCAGAAGGAGGCUUUGUGACACUGGCUUUCUUGUAUAAAAGGAGUUUAUUAAAAAGACAACACCAGUAUCUAUACAGCACUGCAGUUGCUGGGAGAGGACUGCCAAUGAUUAGACUUAGACUUAGACUUAGACUAAACUUCAUUCAUCACUUGGGAUGACUCCCGCAGGAAAUUCGGGUUACCAGCAGCUUUAACAAGUAAGAAGGUAAAAAAGGUGCAAUGUGCAACAUUCGUGCGACAUAUUGUGCCUUUUCGAGCCCUAUUAUUUAUAUUAUUAUCAUUAUUGUUAUUUUAUUAAUACAACCAUCGUUGUUACAUAACAUAUUUUACAGCAAAGAAUAUUGGCUUUCCUACAAACAUAUCCAGGGUUUCUAGGAAAUUAAAGGGAAAACAAUUAAAGAAUGAAUAUAUAUAAUAAUAAAUGAAAUAAUUUCGAGCCCUUUAAUUCCCAGCCAUGCAUUUCACAAAUGCAAUAUUGUAAUAGAUUUUAUGUCACAAAUUAUAUUUUUUGCAACUAUUGUUACACAAUUUGUGAGUAAGGUGAGCAUGCACCUGAUAAGGGAGGAUGCAAAGCAACAAUAACCUAUUAGGCUGGUGCAUCGACUGGCUGGUUAACCGAAAAUGGUAUACCGUGGUUUACAGUAUGUCGCUCAGCACAAAGUGCAAGCUUUUGGCUGAGUGUUACUUACAGCUGACUUUAGUUAAGCUAAAAAGCAAUGAUAGUUGCUUUGUGAGUGUAAGAAAGCAUUGGUAAAAAUUCACUGUUUUUUGUUUGAUUUCAAGAGAUUCUUGAAAAAAUCAUUGAAUUCAAUACUAAUAGGACACGUUUUUAAUUUUUAUUUUGGUUAAAUUCAUUGUUAUAUUGAUCGGUAAAUAAAAAUAAAUUGUUAGAAUAAUCGAUAAAUGAGUUGAUAGAUUAGUCGACUAAUCGAAAAAAUAAUUGUUGGCUUAUUCGAUAAAAAGAUCGUUAGGUGCAGUCCUAGUGGGACGUAAUGGUAACACGAUGUAGUGGCUCUUGAUGUCCACCCGUCACACGUUAAAGCCACUCUCUCGGCAGAACUAAGAGAUGUUUUUACACAGUCCUUCACCUCUUUGUACCUGCAGGCACUGCUUUGUCUGUCAUGUGUUUGUGGGUUGGGAUCACAAAGUGGGGCUCCGGAGUGUUCACCAUCAGCCUGAAUUCAUCGUUUUCAACCACGCUGUAUGGGCGCAGAUCUUUACAGAUGAAUGCACAAUUGACCUCGUAAUCUUCUGUGCAUGCACGGAGCCAGUUUGAAGUUUGUCGACUUCGUCCAGCGUGGUCUGAUUUGGGUCCACUUGUUUGGGUGUCACUGGCAGUGCUAAUAUAUCAGUGUGGUAUCGUGCUAAGUGACCACACAAGUUGGUUGUGUUUCCCAAAUAUUUGUAACUUGCAUGACAAAGCUUGCAGACCAUGUUUGAUUUAUCCAAUUACUUCCCUCUUUGUCUCUGAAACCAAAGUGCACCCACAUGUCCGCUUUGAAGGCUGAAGGAGCUGCUCGAAUGAUCAAAUCAAAUCAAAUCAAAUCAAAUUUUAUUUAUAUAGCGCCAAUUCACAACAGUCGUCAUCUCAAGACGCUUUCCAAAGAACAAGAGCAGGUCGAGACCACGCUCAUUGUUUGAUGAUCAAGAACCAACCUAAGAUGGGUUUUGGCCCAUCUCAACUAACAUGAGUAGCAGUGGCAAGGAAAAACUUCCUUUUAACAGGCAGAAACCUUGGGCAGGACCAGACUCAUGCUAGACAGCCACCAUGCCGCUGCUGGGUUGGGGAGGAAUGUAGAGAGAAGAGGGGAGAGGGGGAGAGGACAGGGGGAGGGAGAGAGACAGCAAGAUAGGGGAAAGGCGAGAGAGAAUUAGUACGGAGAGGGAGGGGGAGGGAGAGAGAGUAGGGAACGAGGGUGAGAGAGAGACAGGAGGCAGCAGGAACAACAGCAACAACGACAACAGCUCAUGUAAUGGUGAAACAAAAAGACGUUCAGUUUACAGGUUUAGGAUAUGAGAAAUAAUGGACAAUGUUGAAUUAAUUGAGUGUGAUUACAGUUAGCAGGCUUAAUCGUAGUCAGUUCUAUUUUGUAUGUCAAUAAUGACAGUGAGGCUGAUGUUCAUGUCUGCAGUAACAGUAACAGUCCAGAGGAAUCAGAGAGAAGAAGGAGCUCAGGGCCGGGGGGUGUGGGGGGGGGGGGGGGGGGGUCUCUGCAGCAACGGUCCAGAGAAGCCAAAGAGCCAAAGAGAUGGAGGAGCUCAGGGCCCAGGAUGGAUGCAGCUGGGGUCAGGCAGUUCCGCAGCAGACCGUUUGCAGCAUUAGUCCAGUGGCAGCUAAAAGACUCAGAGACACUCAGAGAGACAGAAAACUGGUCAGUGACUUAUAUGGGACAUAAAGAUCUAAAGAGGAGAUAGAGACAGAUUCUAGCUCAGUGUGCCAGAUAGCCCCGGCAGUCUAGGCCUAUAGCAGCAUAACUAAGAGCUGGUUCAAAUCAGCCCUGACUAUAGGCUUUAUCAAAGAGGAACGUUUUAAGUCUACUCUUGAAAGUUGAGAGUGUGUCUGCCCCCCGAACCUCGAGCGGUAAAUGAUUCCAGAGGAGAGGUGCCUGGUAGCUGAAAGCUCUUCCUCCAACACUACUUUUAGAGACAUUUGGUACAACGAGCAGACCUGCAGACUGUGAGCGUAACUGUCUAGAUGGAAAGUACGGUAUAACUAGCUCGUCGAGAUAUGAUGGCGCCUGGCCAUUAAGCGCUUUAUAUGUCACAAGGAGGAUUUUAAACUCAAUUCUAUAUUUAAUAGGGAGUCAGUGAAGAGAGGCUAAAACAGGGGAGAUGUGCUCCCUUCUACUAGUUCUAGUCAAUACCCGAGCUGCUGCAUUUUGGACCAGCUGAAGAGUCCUUAAUGACUUACUAGAGCAGCCUGAUAGGAGAGAAUUACAGUAAUCCAGCCUAGAGGUAACAAAGGCAUGGACUAGUUUUUCUGCAUCGCUCUGAGACAAUAUGCGUCUAAUUUUUGAGAUAUUGCGCAGGUGGAAAAAGGCUGUCCUAGAAAUUUGUUGAAUGUGGGAGCUAAAAGAUAAAUCCUGAUCAAAUACAACUCCUAGAUUACGCACAGUGGGGUUGGAUGCCAGGCUGAUACCAUCAAAUGUAGCUAAAUUACUAGAGAACGCCUCUCUAAGGUGUUUAGGACCGAGGACCAGAACUUCAGUUUUGUCUGAGUUGAGCAUUAGAAAGUUAUUGGUCAUCCAGGAUUUUAUAUCUUUGAGGCAGGCUUCUAACCUAGCAACCUGGCCUGCUUCCUCUGGCUUUAUGGAUAGGUAUAGCUGGGUGUCAUCUGCAUAACAGUGGAAAUUAAUCGAAUACUUCCUCAUAAUGAUGUUAUCGCUAUUCGCCAUCUUACUGAAUGAACUAUGAACUGUUGGAACUGGGGAGGGGAAGCGGCUACGAGCUGCUUCGCUGCUGCUACAGUACAGUGACAUCAAGAGGAGGAGUAGAGUGAUAUGACCAGCGGAGCCUGGCGCUGCCAAGGUGCAGCAGGGGGCUCAUAGGAGGUGAAAUGUUGACAGAUUUUUCCGUGUAACUUUGUUUUUUUGUGUUAUAGAGCUGUGUUUGCAGGUUGUCUGGGGUGCGCUUUCAGCAAUGUGUGUGUGUGUGUGUGUGUGUGUGUGUGUGUGUGUGUGUGUGUGUGUGUGUGUGUGUGUGUGUGUGUGUGUGUGUGUGUGUGUGUGUGUGUGUGUGUGUGUGUGUGUGUGUGCGCGCGCGCGCGUGCGUGUGCGUGCAUGUGGGUCUUUGUGUGAGUGUGGGUGUCACACCAUGAGUUUAAAGACUGCAGUGUCAAUUGAAUUUUGUCCUGUAAGAAUGUCCUGUUGUAGUGUGUAGUUGCGGUCCCACAGGUGGAACUCAUUGGGGGGGAAAUCCAUUGUCUUUGAAUAUCCCAAUAGUACAUUUCAAAGUAUCGAUAUAGUAUCAGGAAACAAAUUAUUGCGACACAUUGCCAUAUGGAUUAUUUUGCCCAUCCCUAGUAUUUAGCAAGUUACAGUAGAGAGGAAAAAUGUCCCUUUAAUAGAAGUGGAAGAAGAACUUUUUUGAUCCCUGAAGGGAAAUUCCAGGGAAAUUCAUUUUUUUCAGGCAGAAACCAUGAGCAGGACCAGACUCGUGUUAGACAGUUCCCUGCCACACAUGUACAAUUACUGUCACCGCAGUGGCUUAUAAAUAAUACACAGCUUGAAAUGAGCUCAAACCAAGAUGUUACCUGAUGCUGACAUAGAUGAUGACUACCCCUCAGAGCUUAACAUUGAACAAGAGCUUUUUGACUUAUGGGGAUGCAUGAUGGGCUUCUCAGUAGUGUUGUUUUUUUAUUUAACCUUUAUUUAACCAGGUUUGUCCCAUUGAGAUCUGAGGAUCUCAUUUGCAAGGGAGACCUGUCCAAGAAUGGCAGCAAUACAUAGUUACAACAAACAGUCACACAGACUCAAUACAGAAUAAAAAAUGUGAAGAAACAUCAGUUAAAACAGACACAUUCUGAGAGUUUGGACUCCAGCCUCUUAAUUGCAGAUUUAAAACCGGUCAAAGACACCAAGUUUUGCAGCUUAAAUUCAGUCUGUAGAUUAUUCCAUGCAGAGGGGGCAGAGAACCUGAAAGCCUUCUUUCCCAUUUCAGUUCGGACUCUGGGGACAACAAACUGUAUAAAUCUCAAUGAUCUCAGGUUGUGUAAUCCAUCCUUUAAGAUCAGUAAGGAGGAGAGGUAGUCUGGAUCUUCCAAGAUACUUUACUAACAAUGAUGACAGAGACAUCACAGGGUAACUUGGAUGCAGAGAAAACUAGUCUGGUUUAUGUGCAACUUGGAGCAGGCAUAUCCUAGCCUUUCACACGUUGUAGGGAAGAUUGGAACAUCACUGGUCAAAAUGUCUAGUAAAAAAAUGCAACAUAAAUGAUGAUCAUAAUGGUCUGAAAGGAAGGUAUGUGAAAAUGGGGAAUUGUGUUACACAAGGAGUACUCAAUGACCCGACGCCCCUCGUCAACUGAUGGGUACAGCGGAAGACAGAAAACAAUGAGACUUGCAUGCUGCCAAGUCUCAACACAUUAUUUUCUACUCUAAAUGGACGGGAGGGUGAAAUCCGACUAAAACACCUGUACAAAGACGUUAAUAAGUGACUCACUUUGUUGUUGAUUCACAAUCAACUGGAACCAAUCAGCAUUAGAUACUAAGAUACUCCAGGAAGGUGUUGAGUUAGAGGGGUGUGUGUGUGAUUAUUCUUCAUGUAUGUGUAUGUGUAGGCCCGUGGCAUUGUCUCCAUCUCAGUCCCUCACAAAUGUCCCAGCUGUCUGAUAACAGGAGACGGCCUUGGAGAGUUCACCGGAGAAGGAGGAUGGGGGAGGAUAGGGCCGAGCAUCAGUCUGCAUAACAUCCAGAACAGGAGACAUAGCAGCCUUCCAAGGCUGCUGUGGGAGAGCCAAUGAAGAUAACAAUUGAUUUUGGACAGGCAGACUUUGUAAUUUUCCAUCUACCUUGAGUCUCUCUGGUCUGUGACGGCAUUGACCUGAACAUUCGAAUUUGGUGUCCACUUCAACCGCGCUGGGCUGUCAACUUCUCCAAGGUGGCAUCGAACUUGCCAAGGUGUUCCUCAAUCGCAACCUUACUGCAAUUGAGGUUUGUAUAUCGCUUGAGUCUAAGUGUUGACAGCCCUGCAAAUUCCCUCAGUCAUGACGGGCAGCUUCCCGGUGGCCAAAAGUGCUGCCAACAUCUUCUGAACUUUGCAAUAGAUCAGGAAACUGCCAACUCCAAACAGCUGAAAGCCUGUUAUCAUAAUUCCAAUUAUGUAGACGUCUUCAACAUCCUCAACGGAAAGAAUCAACAGGGACACGACUCUCCACUUCUCAUUGGAGUCCAUUGUCUAUCCGGCAGCAAACAUUUCAUCAGGGCUGGCGGGUUCUCCUUUACCCAGUUUUCUUGUCGAGAAAAUUUGGUCGAUUGUGUUGAGAGACCAGCUGAUCAAAUCCAUGAUUUUAGGUUUGGAGCGAGAUGCAGAGAGAGGCUGUGGCAGUUCAGACAGAGACAGCAUAGGACAUAGAGCAGCAAGCAGGGCAGAUAAGGAUAGGGAGGGAGCGAUAGGAAAAGCGUCCGCCUUCACUGAGAGUUGGAGGCAGAAUUACAGUCUACCACAAGCUGAUCAGGGAGAAGUCAUUAAAAAAUGCACCACAUUAAUGUACUGGACAGCUCUGCUUGUUCUGACUUGAUAGAUGGAAACAAAGUCAAACUGCAGCACUGAAGAAAAACAAACAUCUUUUCCCUGUCACUCACAAGAUAUAAGACAUUAUGGUAGCCUACAACAUAUCAAUUCAGUGUCUGGAAACACUGGUAAAUUAUAACACUGUUAAAAACUGUGCUUUUAAAUAAACAUGUAUAUUGCAAGGAAUUAAUAUAUCUUUCUCUUUCACAGCAAAUACAGAGCAGUUUCGUGAUUGUGAUCCACCCUGGAUCAAAGACACUCCACAUUGGCCGAGCAACAGAUACUCUUCCAGUGACAGUUCCACAUGUAAUAGCCCGCAGACACAAGCAAAGUGGACAACCCAGAUUUGAAGAUAAUUUGCUGUCAAGGGAGGGCCUAAAUGUAUGUUCCUUCUUAUGAUCAGAAAUAACCACAUUGUAGUUUCCAUCAUUCUCAUAUUAUUUCUUCCUUUUUGUGUCCAAAAGAAACCAGAGACUAAUGAGCAGAGGCAGAAUGGGCUUAAAAUGAUUGACCAGGCCAUAUGGUCCAAAAAGAUGUCGAAUGGGGUGCGGAGGACGCCUGCAUCAACUGAACAGGUCUGUAUAUUGUAAUCGGGAGCAGAGCCCUUUUUUGCGAUCUGAUCACAACAGAGGGAGUGGCAUGAACCUUAUCCCAAGAAAAUUUCACAACCCUGCACACUAGGUACAUACAGUAUAUGCAUAAGAACAUACAGCCCAUAUCCAAGAAAUACUGUCCAACUUCUUCCAAAAAGUGACAUAAAAUACUUGGGGGGUCCUAGCCCAGAAAAGGGUCUUUUGAAAAGGGUUUCAUAUUCAGCUGUAUGCACUUUUUUUCAGAUCUCUAUAGUUUAGAGUAGUAUUAAGAAGAUAAUGCAUUAUGUCUUGGCAAGUAAGAAACCAUUGCUCUGUGGUUAUAUCCAUAAUGUUUGAGAAUUUUUUCUGAAUUUGAGAGUUUCUGCAAACUUGGGGCAGCCUGGUCUGGGACCAUGUAUAUAGUAAUUUCUCCUGGUCCACUGUAUAUGGACCUGGGCUCUCUUUUUAAAUAAAUUGUUCCGGCUCACUCUGACUGGAUGAAUUUACCUCAUUCUGACAUCAGUAAACAUGUUCUGUUCUCGUAUUUAGGUGUGUUAACUUGGCCCAUUCUUGUUUGAUUAAGGUAAGAAGCAAAGCAGUUGAUGUUUCUCGGGCUGCAACUUACGAUUAUUUUGAUAACCGAUUAAUCUGUCGAUUAUUUAAAUAACUAAUCGAUUAAUUGGAUGAACACAGACACUUUUUUUUGUUUUGCUUAUUCCAAAAACAUUUUUUAGCUGCUCUGCGGUCGAUUUUUAAUGUCUGGAAAGAGCCAACAUUCUAUGUCAAUGACUCGGACGCAACAAUAGUUACUGUCUUUACCCAUCUCUGGUUUUAGGCCGGCUAUCAUACUGUGUAUUAUUCCCACAAUUUCCAACCAACAAUAUUUUUUUUAUGUAUUACAUUCUUAUAAAUGAUCCCCCGGUGACAUAUUGGACGCCAGAUGGUUAAACUAAGAUGGCGGCGCCCAGUCACCCAUCCACUACCACGAUAACUUGUUUAUUCCUCACCUUUUUACUGACUAUAGUAGUUUUUAAAUAUAUCGGCAUGACUUACCCUGUGUCUGCUGAAGUGCCACUGCCUUCAUCCAGGCUAAGAAACACAUGUUUUCUCUUCAGAUGCUCAUGCAUCAUCGAUGUACUCCCGUGCCAUGCAAAACGGGCUUUGCAAAUGUUGCACUGAACGCCUUCCUUUUCAGUCUUGGUGAAGUUUUCCCACACCGCUCAUGUUUUAGGUCGAGAUUUGGGUUGGGUUGUGUCCAUGUUUUUCUCCGCCACUGCCUCGGCCAUGGCUGUUUCUUUUCUGUGCAUCCUGUUGAUGUUUACACGCCGGUGUCCAUGGACAUAUAUAAAGACCUGACGGAUCGAUCACAGAAUUAGUUGGCAACAGAUUUUUUUGUCACGUUGUUGCAGCCUUAGAUGUUUCUGCUAAAGCUUUGAAUGCCACCCAGGAAACUGUUGGAUUCUCUACCAGAUUAGCAUUCACUGAAAUGAAAAUAUUAAAGUAAUUAGAACAGUCUGUUUUUUUUUUUAUUCAUGUGGUGUUAAAGGGCCACCUGCUGGACAUGGUGGGAGCACAAGAUAGUGUAGCUUUGAGAGUUUGGGUAAAUUACUUGAGAGUGAAUCUCAGAAAAUAAAACAACAGGGCUGAUUUUGAUUUCCCUGAGGGAACCUUCAAAAGGAUUAGUUAAAUUCAAUCUCAUCUAAGAUAAUCUAAUAAAUAAUCAAUGCUUUAAUGGUUUGUUUGCCUGUCUUAAAGACUGUAUUGUCUUGUACAGGAUUUAUGAACAGACGAGCCUGACUGAGAUCAUGCAUCAGGCCUUGACAUGCAGUAGCGGUCCUAGGCACGGGUGAACUGGGCAGCCGCCCGGGGCGGCAUUUGUAUCAUGACUCAUGGGGGGCGGCACAAGCACUUCCAAAAAAAUAAUAAUAAAAAAUAAUAAUAAUAAUAAAUCUGCGACGCAGAGCAGUUUUGUAUUAACUCUUGUCAUAUUGGUGCCCCCUUCUGCUGUAGGGGCCCCUGCUUGCUGCGAAGGUGCUGCACAGAGGCUGACAGACUGUAUGAGACAAAGCGGGGAGGGGGUCGUGGGGGUCAGCUCUGCUCUCACGAUUGCUUUUACUCUGCCAGUCACAGUGGCUCAAGCAGAGAGGAGCUUCUCAAAACUGAAGUUGAUAAAGUAGUACCUAAGGUCAACCAUGUCUCAGGAACAGCGCACUGGCCUUGCCGUCAUCAGCAUCAAUCACUUAACCCAUUUAAACCAGGACAGCGUGUACGCAUUUCAACCUUCCAAGCCAGGAGCACGGCUGAGCAUUUCUCCUCGGAAAGCCGGGAGCACGGAUACGUCAUUUUGUAGCAUUCUGUAGUUUUUUAAUCAUUUCUGGAGUUCAAAUCAUCAUACCCAUCUGCCUCUGAUAGGCUAAUGAAGCGCUCGGAUUCAUGCUCAGAUCUUGCUCACAUCUUCGUGAGGAAAGUAAACAAUGACGGCGGCAGAGAGCAGCUUCAGAGGAGAAGCAUCCAGCAGUGUGAACAACCUCUUUAUAUUGAGUGCUUUGGCUCACACUAUCAGCGUUUUCUGUGAGUAUUGCAUGACUUUGAGUGAACACAGCGAUGAACACACUGUCAGCCACUUGUUUAUUUAUUCAUUUAUUAGUUUUUAGUGCUGCUUUUGUACUAGCACUACAUCCAAAAAGUAUUCAUACCACUUUUUCCACAUUUUGUUAUGUUACAGCCUUAUUCCAAAAUGGAUUAAAUUCCUUUUUUCCCUCAAAAAUUCUUCACAAAAUACCCCAUAAUGACAAAGUGAAAAACUUUUUUUAGAACAUUUUGAGAACACUCAAAUGUUGCAAAUACAUAAGUAUUCACACCCUUUACUCAAUACUUGGUCGAAGCACCUUUGGCAGCGAUUACAGCCUCCAGUCUUCUUGUGUAUGAUGCAACACACACACAUCCUCUCAAGCUCAGUGAGGUUGGAUGGGCAGCGUCAGUGCACAGCUACUUUCAGGUCUUUCCAAAGAUGUUCAAUCAGGUUCAAGUCUGGGCUCUGGCCGGGCCACUCAAGGACAUUCAGAGACUUGUCCUGAAGCCACUCAUUUGUCUUCUUGGCCUUGUGCUCAGGGUCAUUGUCAUGCUGGAAGAUGAAGCGUCGCUCCAGUCUAAGGUCUCCAGCGCUCUAGAGCAGGUUUUCAUCAAGGAUUUCGAUGUACUUAGCUGCAUUCAUUUUUCCCUCGAUCCUGACAAGUCUCCCAGUUCCUGCUGCUGAAAAACAUCCCCACAGCAGGAUGCUGCCACCACCAUGCUUCACCGUAGAGAUGGUAUUGGCGAGGUGGUGAGCCGUGCCUGGUUUCCUCCAGACAUGACGCCUGGCAUUCAGGCCAAAGAGUUCAAUCUUCAUUUCAUCAGACGAGAGAAUUUAGUUUCUCCUGGUCUGUGAGUCCUUCAGGUGCCUUCUAGCAAAGUCCAAGCGGGCUGUCAUUUGCUUUUUACUGAGGAGUGGCUUCUGUCUGGCCACUCUACCAUAAAUGCCUGACUGGUGGAGUGCUGCAGAGAUGGUGGUCCUUUUGUAGGGUUCUCCCAUCUCCUCAGAGGAACGCUGGAGCUCUGUCAGAGUGACCAUCAGGUUCUUGGUCACCUCCCUGACCAAGGCCCUUCUCCCCCGCUUGCUCAUUUUGGCUGGGUGGCCAGCUCUAGGAAGAGUCCUGGUGGUUCCAAAUGUCUUCCAUUUCUUUAUGAUGGAGACCACUGUGCUUUUUGGGAUCUUCAAUGCAGCAGAUAUUUUUCUGUAACCUUCCCCAGAUCUGUGCGCCGAUACAACCCUGUUUCAGAGGUCUACAGACAAUUCUUUCGACUUCAUGGCUUGGUUUGUGCUCUGAUGUGCUCUGUCAGCUGUGGGAUCUUAUAUAGACAGGUGUGGCUUUCCAAAUCAUGUCCAAUCAGCUGAAUUUGCCACAGGUGGACUGCAAUCAAGUUGGAGGAACAUUUCAAGGCUGAUCAGUGGAAACAGGAUGCACCUGAGCUCAAUUUUGAGUUUUAUAGCAAAGGUUGUGAAUACUUAUGUAUAUGCAACAUUUGAGUGUCUUAUUUUUAAUAAAUUUGCAAAAUGUUCUAAAAAGAGGUUUUCGAUUUGUCAUUAUGGGGUAUUUUUUGUAGAAUUUUUGAGGGAAAACAGGAAUUUAAUCCAUUUCGAAAUAAGGCUGUAACAUAACAAAAUGUGGAAAAAGUGAAGUGGUAUGAAUACUUUCUGGAUGCACUGUAUAGGGUCCCAGCCGUAGUACUAGCCAUCAAACACCUAUUUAGCUUUGCCUGCUUUCUUUGGCAAAGGGACUAAACACAACACACCCACUCUUCUCCAGCAGCUGCUUGUUUGUGGGGGAGCCCUGACGAGUUGAUCAUUGAGUGCAGCGGAGUUUCGAUACUCAAGGAAGGACAUUUAUGAUUAUUACCUCAUGGAAAUGCAAUCCGCAUUCUUGUGUAUGUUGUAUGUGCACCUCAGACGUGAUAGUUCUUCUGCCUUAAGUCUAAAACAUACAGGAUGAAUAUCUGGAGCGUGGCAGCAGUGUUGCGUAUCACGCAGCAAAUAAGUUGCCAUUCUGAUCAAUGCAGCAAAGCAUACAAGACGUGUAUCAGCUCCGUCACAGCAUCGUAUCCAGAGUAGCUGUUAAAGAUACGUGGCGAGUCUAUUUUUGAAGUAUGUGAGAGGGGUCGUUAAUGAUUUUAGCUGCCUGUCUGAGGGCCUGUUGGUUAAAAACGUGGGCCAGAGUUCUGACAGGCACACCAAUGAUUUUGGAGCACAUUGAUGCAAUGUGCUGCAGUCUGGUCCAGUUCUGUAGGCUGAGGGAGUGAAAUCAGCAGGUUAUGGAAAAAGUCAUGACGCUUUCAAGGAAGGCGUAGUAGAAAGUGGUCAUGAUGGGUGUGCUGACUCCAAGGGAGUUAAGUCUUCUGAGGAGGUACAGCCGUUGGUGACACCUCUUGAGGAUCUCCUCUGUGUUUCCCCCAAGUAUCCAAUGUCACAUUUAGUUCCAUUUCACAUUGUUGUUUUAUGUGAAGUGUGUUGUCUGACAAACCCAUCAACAGUUUCUUAUACAUCAAAGACACCUGUUUUUUCAUUACACCAUCAUUUUCAUUCAAAUGAAUAAAAUGCUUUUCUAUGUUUGUUGGUUCCCAUCUGAUCUGAUCCCAAUCCAUAUGUUCUGUGAAAUAACUUUUUAUUUUUAAGUACCUAUAGUGGUCACUUGAGGGUUGGUUAAAUUUGCUUCUUAGUUGGGAAAAGGUUUUAAUUACAUUCCUUUCAAACAGCUGAUUCAUAGUGAUGAGUUUACUCUGGGCUCAUCUGUCAGAUCCCCUGUCUGUUAGAGAUUGAAAGAGCUCAAUACUCCCCCUAAUGGACAUGGCUCGAGAGAGGGCCACCAUUCCUUUUGAUUGUUUUUGCACCUGGUUCCAGACUUAUAAUGUAUAUUUGACCCACAAGUUUGUAAUCUAUUUUUUUCUGUGACUGCAGCCUAAGGAAUAAAAGACUCAAGAUGGAAAUUCCUGGUAAUGAAUAUUCCUCCGUAGUGACCCACUGUAUCUCUGGAUCACGAAUGACCCAGACCACCAUUGCUUUUAUUUUGGCAGCCCAAGAAUACAGUUUGAUGUUGGGUAAUCUUAUGCCCCCGAUUCCCUUAUCAGAUAUCAAAAUUUUAAAGUGUAUUCUUGGCCUUUUGAUCUGCCAAAUAAAUUGUGAUAUAAAAUUGUUGAAUGCUUUAAAUGUAGACAAUGGUAUAAAAACAGGGAGGCUUUGAAACAAAAAAAGUAGUUGAGGGAGAAUGUUCAUUCUAAUACAUUCAAUUCUUCCCAGGAGUGAAAGUGGAAAUAUAUCCCCUUUAUUUAAGUCUUUUUUUUAAUUUCCUUAAAUAAUCUCUCAUGAUUUAAAGAAAACAACAGUGUAGUCUUAGGGGUAAGAGUUACUCCCAGAUAUUUAAACCCUGUUUGAAGUAUCUGAAAGAGACAAGGUUAUCCAUCUGUGAUGGCCAGUUCCCCGCAACCAUUAGAGCUUCGAAUUUGUUUGUAACAUAGGGAUAUUCCUGCGUAAAAUUAAUUUAGGGUCAAACACACUGUAACACCAAGUUAGACACCCCCUCGAAAGAUAAUUGUUGCCAAACGCUUGCUUCUCUAGUUAUACCAACUUCAGUAAUAACUGUAGGCUAGCAGGAAUAUGCUGAUUUUUGAGGGGAUAGUGCAAAUGGUGAUACAAGCAUGAAAUUUGGUACAGAUAUCCCUUAUACCACUACUAAUCAUAAUAUAACCUCUGGCCACCUGGGCGGAGCCAUUUUUCAUGAUGUCCGCAAGCUUUUAGAAAUGGCUGUCACCGGGUCAACGUUUUGGACUGUAUCACUCUGCUGCAGCUAUAAAACUUACACAUACCCUCAUUUUAAUUUAUUAUAAUGUUUUAGGUAUGUAUUCCAAUUAAACAUAAGAUAUUAGGUUCCAAUAUGGUGGCAAAUUUCCAAUAUGGCUGCCGAUAAAUAGCAGAAAUAUACUGCAGUUCACGGUUAAGCCAUAAGAGCAUGCAGCACAUAGUUGUAUUUAUUUCCAUAGAUAGAAUCAAUUUAUGAUGACACAUUUAAAGUAUUUGCAUUUUAGUGACAUAAGUACCAUUACCCAGACCAGCACGCCAAGGUAGGACCCACAUAUGUUUCAAGGUGGGCUUCCUAUAUGGGAAGUUUGUGGAGUACACUUGGUUCCCACUUGGGCUGUCCAUGUGGGUACUGACUGGGCCCUAGGUGGGUAGUUUUUUUGUUUGUUUGUGUGGUUUUUUUUUUUUUUUUUUUUUUUUUUUUUUUUGUGCUUUUUUGUGCUUUUUUCUCUUUUUUUGUUUUUUGUGUUUUUUCUCCCUUUUUUUGUUUUUUGUUUUAGAUGCAGGCCUACUAUCUGCCUGUGACGAAGGCGUGGAGGGUAUUUCUGUCUGUGUGUCCAUUGCUGUUGUCUAGGGCGAGGGAUUAUCCUUAUAUACCACCUAUUAAAGACAACUUACUGUUCCACUCUACACUUUAAAGUAUAGGAUACAACUGGGCUAAGAUAAUAACAAGAUCACUAUCCUACCCCCAGCCCGAUCAUUCAUCCAAUGCCAUUUAAUUUCUGUGUGAUCUAUACACCUUCCAGAAGACUAAUAAUAAUAAUAAUAAAUUUUAUUUGAAAGCGCCCUUCAAAGCACCCAGGGUCACUGUACAAUAUUAAAAGCAAGACAUUCGUAAUAUAACAAUAAAUAAAACAAUAAGCAAUUUAAACAGAUAAAAAUCGACACAGGGAAUGGAUAAAACAGUUACAGGGAGUAUGCGGAGCGAAACAGGUGGGUUUUGAGUAGUGUUUUGAAAGAGAGAAAGGAGUCAGUGUUUCUGAGCCCCAUCUUCCUUGGCUUGGCUCUCCCACACUGGCACAUCCUGUCAAUUCAGGUGCAGCUGUUUAACUUUAACUUGGGGCAAGCUAAAUAGCGUUUAGGAAACUAGACAAUUUAUUUAGACAAAUUUACUGGCUAGCAUUGAACCCCAUGCUGAGUCUCACAGCUAUAGUGUCAACCAGUGUGCCCUGGUAGUGUAAUGACACUACACAAUAUAUUAUUGAUUUGUCAUGUUAUACGGUGUGGCCAUUUUUAAAACAAAUAUGGCCUUUCAUAAUAGCUCAUGUCUAUGACAUAUAAAUAACCCUGAUCUAUUAUGAAUAAAUAUAUGACAAACUUCCAAACAGCAGCUAUAAUGACCAACAAAAUACCGAAUUCUUCCCAUUUCUAUUUCUGGGCGGCCAUCUUUUAAAAUGGUUGAAAUCUGCUUAGCCAAAGGUUGAUUCUAAAAUAUGGUCAUAUUAAGGUAAUAUGUACUAAAUUAUAUGGUUGUAUCACCAUUUUGAUCAUCCUUUCAAAAAUCAGCAAUUUAGAGUGUGACUAGGCCGCCAUAUUGGAUAUUUGCUGCCAUAUUGGAACCUAAUAUGUUGUUUUUAAUUGGUAUAAAUACCUAAAACAUAUUAUAUUAUUUUAAAGGUAGGGUAAAUGUAAGAUUUAUAGCUGCAGCAGAGUGAUAGAGUCUAAAACGUUGACCUGGUGGUAGCCAAAUGGCGCCACCCAGGUGGCCAGAGGUUAUAUUAUGAUUAGUAGUGGUAUAAAGGAUCUCUGUACCAAAUUUCAUGUUUGUAUCACCCAUUUGCACUAUUAUCUCAUAUUCCCGCUCCACUACUGCAUGAUAGCAAUACACAGCGGUCUCAGGAUUCACACACAAACCUCAAACAAAACGACUCUCUAUAGCCACAAGUAAUGCUUAGAACAGCACCUAACUUCAUCAACAGUACAUAAAGGGUCCCAGCCAUAGCACUAGCACCAAACAUCUUUUUAGCCUUGUCUGAUUUCUUUAGCAAAGAGACUAAACACAACUCACCUACUCUCCUCCAGCCGUCGCUUGUUUGUAGUGAGACCCCGACCAGUCCAUCAUUGACUGAGGCGGGGGCGCAGCUUUAGCAAGAACAUUUAUGAUCUUUCUUCAUGGGAAUGAAGAAAUGACGGAGAUGCUAAGGUAGAAGAUCAGGCCGCGUCUGCAGUGCAAAAUGAUAAAUAUGAUGAUUAUUACUUCAAGGAAAUGAUAAUGGCUGGGACCCUUUAUGUACUUUUGAUGAAGUUAGAUGCUGUUCUGAGCAUAAUUUGUGACUGUAAAGUAGCAAUGUGGUUUGUUUAUGGCUCCGUAGACCGUUGUGAAUCGCCAUACUGUGGUUGUUACUAAAGUUGGUAUAACUAGAGAAGCAAGCGGUUGGCAACAUUCAUCUCUCGAGGGGUUGUCUAACUCAGUGUUACUGUGUGUUUGACUCUAAAUUAAUUUUAUGCCGGAAUAUCCCUUUAACUUUAUAACCUGAUACUAUACUAAACGGAUUAAGGCUAUGGAGCAGAGCAGGAACAGAAGUGAUCUCUAAAAAUAAUAAAAUGUCAUCAGCAAAAAGAGACAGUUUAUGAUGAACAUAGGUUUCAUCUCUAAUUCUUUGUAUGAGAAGAUUAGAUCUACUAAGUUCGGCAAGCAGCUCUGUACUAAGUGCAAAUAACGUGGGUGAGGGAACCUCACCCUGUCUGGUACUCAGCGAGAAAAAAUCAGAGCAAUGGCCAUUAACUCUCACUUGUGACUUGGGUUUUUCAUAAAAAUUCUGGACCCAUUUAAUAAAGGUAUUAUUAAAGCCCAUAUGGUUAAGAGUCUGUUGAAGAAAGGCCCAGUCCACCUGAUUGAACACUUUCUCAGCAUCCAAACUGAGCAACAUAGAUGGGGUGUUCCUUUUUGUGCUAUCGUUCCGAGAUAUAAGGCCCUUCUAACAUUAUCUGUUCCCUGUCUCUGAGCAAUAAAACCCGUUUGGUCAGGUUUCACAAGUUUUCUGAUGUGAUUUUGAAUUGUACUUGCAAUGAUGUUUAUUGGAUCGACACAUAGGAGGCUGAUGGGGCAAUAAGAUGUACAUAGAGUUGGAUCUUUGCCAUCUUUGUGGAUGACACUAAUAAUAGCUUCAGACCACGACUGAGGAGGAUCACCUUCUGAGAGUGCAUAAUUAUAGACCCUAUGCUAGAGCGGCGUGAGCUGCAUUUCAAACUCUUUGUAAUAUUCUCCAGGGAGGCCAUCCACUCCUGGGGAUUUGUUGUUUCUGAGUUUCAAAAUGCUUUUUAAAAAUUUAUUUAAAUGUAAUUGGGCUCGUUAUUUGGUCAGCCUCCUCCUCAGUCUGUUUAUUAAGAUUGAUUGAUUAAAGGAGGUUUUCAGUCAUAUCCAUCUUUCAUCCCCAUAUAGUUCCUGGUAAUAUGUGGCAAAUGCCUUUGCAAUAUCCUCAGCAGUAUUUGGGCAUUUGAUUUUAUGCACCACUCUGCUUAAUUGUGAUUUCUGCAGCUGAAACAUGAACAGCCGGCUAGCCAUAUUGCCAAAUUCAUAAUACUUUUGGAGUAAAUCGAAGCUGUCCCUCUGCUUUAUAAGUUAAUAAGUUAUUUAAUUUCUGCCUGUUCUCCUUUAAUAUGGUCAAUAUGUUGUCAUUUUGUGUUAUGUGAUAUUCUUCCUCUAAUUUCUAGAUUUGUUUUCCAAUUCUGAUUGUUCUGCAAGUCUCUCUUUUUUUAAUCUAGAACAGAUUGCAAUAAUGUUGCCCCUCAGGCAACAUUUGUCCCCCUCUCACAAUACUGUUGGAGACACUUCAUCAUUACUGUUAAAUUUUGGUUCUCAGUUAGGCCCCUUUGUAAUUCUUGUUUGAUCAUUUCUUUGUUUAGAGUAGAUACAUUGGCUCUCCAGUAUUAAAAAUUAUUGUUUGGGCCCAUCUUUAACAGACAAGGGCAUGAUCUGAGAUGGUGAUUGUUUCUAUAUUACAUUGAGUAGCUCUAAAGUGUCUGCCCCAGACAUUAGGAACAUGGUAACCUUGAGUGGGUACAAUGUACAUGUGAGAAAAAGCAAAGUCUCUUUCCCGGGGAUGUAGGUUACGCCAAACGUCUACCAAGCCCAUCAAUGUUGACAAAGCCCGAGAUUUUGGUGAUUUGGAACCUUAGUCAGCAGGUAGCCUAUCAACAGUUGCUCUCAAAACACAAUUAAAAUCGCCCCCUACUAGGGUCAGUCCCUUUUCUCUAUCUGCUAUCAAUAAUGCAAUAUUUUUGAAGAAGUUUGGGCUAUCCUUGUUUGGAACAUAAAAAUUGAGCAGUUAUUUUAAUGCCCCCUGUACUUACAAUUACCAUCACAUAUUGCCCCUCUUUAUCACUGAAGCUUUUCUCAUGACAAAAGGAAAUUGAUUUAUUAAAAAGAAUUGUGACUCCCCUCUUUCUCCCAUUUUGGUAUGAAGAGUUAAAUUGCUGGUCGACCAAUUCUCUCCUCAGCUUCACAUGCUUCUUUUCUGAAAAGUGUGUUUCCUGGAGCAUAGCUAUUUUUAUAAAAUAAAAGCGUCUUUUCGCCCCGCGGAAAAAUCGCCGCCGGUGUGGAAGCUUGCAUUGACUUUAUGCUGUUUUAAAAAAAGGCGAAUAAUUCGCUUGGCGAAUUCUCGCCUGGUGUGUAAGGACCUUCAGUCCCUUAAACGACAGUCUUGUUUAAUAAAGUUGGGUUUGCAUGUGUCCCUCUUGGUUUUCUCUGCUCAGUUUCUCGAGCUCUGCUUGUAUUUUUGACUUGGAGUCAUACAUGCUAUCAUUUGUAGCCGAGGGUCCACUCGAGGCUUGCUUCAGAGUUAACUGUCUCAUAUUGUUGCCCUUGUCUUUGGCUUGGUCCUGUUUGUGCGGUCCUUUACCUCUCAGUAAUGAUGCCAUACAGUUUUUUGAAAAAUAUCCAAGUAAUACACUGGUUUAGUUAAGAAAUAAUCAAAUGUGGAUUGAGCGUGUUCUGUAAGCUGUUUCUUUUCUUUUCGUCUCACUGUGUGACCAUUCACCACUUGGUGGUUUUAAGAACUCUUUUAUUAAACUGAUGGAAAUUAAAAAACUGGAAAGUUGCAAAUGCAUUGUAAGGAAAAAAGGUGUCGGCAUCCUUGGCUUGUAACAUAUCUUGAAUAAGAAAUAUGAAAAUAUGUCCUUAUGUACAUAGUUAAAAAAAAAUGCUAGCGAAGUCUUUUUAUGUGCAAUAUAGCAUUCAGACAAAACAAAAACAUCUUGCUAUACCAAAAUAAACCAUUCUUAGAAAAUAUACAACAUAUAAUUCUUGUUGGCAGCUCAACCAAAGUGCUUUAGGACUUAAAGAAAAAAAAAUUCCUGCUAAGGCUAAGGCUGCCCUUAGUUACAAAUAAAAUGCAUACUUCUGCACCAGUAGCACAACAAAAGUGAUUUCGAAUGUUAGUGAACAAUAACAAACCAAGACUGCCCUUAUUUACAAAUAAAACAUAUACUUCUGUACCAGCAGCACAACAAUUGUACUUUCAAACUUUGCAAAUAACAGCUGCCCUUAGUUAAAAAUAAGUUAGACCUUGACUUCAAACUAAAUCCUGAGCACAGAAUAUUAUGGCAAAACAUGAUAAUAAAAAUCCCUAAUAAAAUAGCUGUCAAUGGGCCAUGGCUACAGGGACCCAAAAAACAGGACCCAAACAGGCUUAAAAAAUCACCUGCAGCAGUGCUCGAAAGCCCUGUUUCUCCACUGCUCAAUACGGAUGUAAAUCCUUGGCAAUAAAUGUUGCAAUGGAUUUAGUGAUUGGUUCACCUCUCCAAGUAGGGUGAAAGCUUUGUAAUUACUUGCCCAAUUGUUCUCUGGUUGGUAGAAGGAGUAGUCGCCACAUCAACAGCUUCUGGGCAUCUUCCCUCCUCCUUCGGGCGGAAACGUGUGAUGUGGCUUCUCAUGUUUGCGGUGUUACCAAAAUAUUUUAUCUUAGUGUGACACAGCUUACAUAUGGCAUGGCUUUUGUCCAUUUCAGUUUCACCGUUAACUUUGUAGAAGCCAAAGUUCUUCCGUACGCUCGCUUUUAAGCCAUAUGGAGCUGGUUGGAUCUCACAGUCAGCCAUAUUUGUUAUGUGCUCCCUGUAAAGUGUCAAUACACUCCACUACUGAGUUUCACCUUUUAAUUCCGCCUUUUCAUUCUACUUCUCGGAGUGUGGUCUGCAGGGUGGGGCACCUGGGGCGGAGCUUGGAGUAGUGACAUAGUAAAUCCCACUGUGUCUGAACCUGCUGUUUGGGUCUGCUAGAGGUUCACAGCGAUUUGAAAGCAGAAAUACUCAGAAAUGCAAUUUUGCACUCAUUUUUCUAAUGAUAUGUCCUCCAGCAUCAGAAAAGUACCAUAUGAACAUGUAGACAACAAGAAAAACAAGAUUUUCAUCGGAUUGGGUCUUUAAUGCAUUUCUCUAUGCAACAUUUUUAUGACUGCUUUCAUAAUGUACUUAUUUCUGAAAUUCUGUACGCACUUAACUUUUGAAUCCUGGAUGACAACCCUGAUAGUAAACUUUCAAGAAAAAUAAAGUAAGAGACAGCUUCAAAUUGUUUGUCUUCUUUAUUGUGCAAGAAUUUACAAAGAAUUUGCAUGUAUGUGUCAUGCAUGCAUUUUUUUUUUCCAGGCAAGAGCUUAUAACUGCCAGAUCCGCCCAGCAGUUCUAGACAGCACCACCAGGGUGAGGUGGACUAACACAGCACACCAUCCCUCUUUUCUGGUGGGAGAGGAGGUCAGUCCAUGUCCAUUGAUUUGAGUUUAUAAAUCUUAUUUAUUAUAACCUAUAGGAUGGUUCUUAGUUUUUUAAUUAACCCCACCCCCCUUCUCUCUUUCUCCCUCCUGCCCAACCAUCAUACAGGCCAUCUUUGUGAAUCCAAAUGACUGUUAUGACAUCCACUGGCCAAUUAUGAGAGGUCAGCUCAACAUACAUUGUGGUCCUGGAGGCUCACUGACUGCUGUGUUGGCUGAUCUAGAGACAAUCUGGAGUCACACAAUUCAAAAGCAACUGGAUAUUCCCCUUAAAGACUUGAAGGUAGAUGUGUCUUCAGAACAUUUGACUUAAACUGGCACAUAUAAAUGCACACUGAUUGAUUGCUGCAGCAGCAGCCUCAGUUUUAGAUUUCACAUUCUUCCCAGGGUAUGGUUGAAGUGCUGCUGUAACAAUAUGUUACAAAGAUUUAGUGUCUUUUUACAAUAUGAGCUACUAAUACAAAAAAACAUAUAUAUAUGUAUAUAUAUGUAUAUGUAUGUGUAUAUAUAUGUAUGUAUAUAUAUAUGUAAAUAUAUAUAUGUAUAUAUGUAUAUGUAUAUAUAUGUGUAUAUAUAUAUGUAUGUAUAUAUAUAUAUGUAUGUAUGUAUAUAUAUAUGUAUGUAUGUAUAUAUAUAUGUAUAUAUGUAUAUAUAUAUAUGUAUAUGUAUAUAUAUGUAUAUGUAUGUAUAGAUAUAUAUAUAUGUAUGUAUAUAUGUGUAUAUAUGUAUGUAUAUAUAUAUAUGUGUGUAUAUAUGUAUGUAUAUAUAUAUAUAUGUGUGUGUGUAUACAGUAUAUGUAUGUAUAUAUAUAUAUAUGUGUGUGUAUAUAUGUGUGUAUAUAUAUAUAUGUGUGUGUAUAUAUGUAUGUAUAUAUAUAUAUGUGUGUGUAUAUAUGUAUGUAUAUAUACACUCACCGGCCACUUUAUUAGGUGCACCAUGCUAGUAACGGGUUGGACCCCCUUUUGCCUUCAGAACUGCCUCAAUUCUUCGUGGCAUAGAUUCAACAAGGUGCUGGAAGCAUUCCUUAGAGAGCUUGGUCCAUAUUGACAUGAUGGCAUCACACAGUUGCCGCAGAUUUGUCGGCUGCACAUCCAUGAUGCGAAUCUCCCGUUCCACCACAUCCCGAAGAUGCUCUAUUGGAUUGAGAUCUGGUGACUGUGGAGGCCAUUUGAGUACAGUGAACUCAUUGUCAUGUUCAAGAAACCAGUCUGAGAUGAUUCCAGCUUUAUGACAUGGCGCAUUAUCCUGCUGAAAGUAGCCAUCAGAAGUUGGGUACAUUGUGGUCAUAAAGGGAUGGACAUGGUCAGCAACAAUACUCAGGUAGGCUGUGGCGUUGCAACGAUGCUCAAUUGGUACCAAGGGGCCCAAAGAGUGCCAAGAAAAUAUUCCCCACACCAUGACACCACCACCACCAGCCUGAACCGUUGAUACAAGGCAGGAUGGAUCCAUGCUUUCAUGUUGUUGACGCCAAAUUCUGACCCUACCAUCCGAAUGUCGCAGCAGAAAUCGAGACUCAUCAGACCAGGCAACGUUUUUCCAAUCUUCUAUUGUCCAAUUUCGAUGAGCUUGUGCAAAUUGUAGCCUCAGUUUCCUGUUCUUAGCUGAAAGGAGUGGCACCCGGUGUGGUCUUCUGCUGCUGUAGCCCAUCUGCCUCAAAGUUCGAGGUACUGUGCGUUCAGAGAUGCUCUUCUGCCUACCUUGGUUGUAACGGGUGGUUAUUUGAGUCACUGUUGCCUUUCUAUCAGCUCGAACCAGUCUGGCCAUUCUCCUCUGACCUCUGGCAUCAACAAGGCAUUUCCGCCCACAGAACUGCCGCUCACUGGAUAUUUUUUCUUUUUCGGACCAUUCUCUGUAAACCCUAGAGAUUGUUGUGCGUGAAAAUCCCAGUAGAUCAGCAGUUUCUGAAAUACUCAGACCAGCCCUUCUGGCACCAACAACCAUGCCACGUUCAAAGUCACUCAAAUCACCUUUCUUCCCCAUACAGAUGCUCGGUUUGAACUGCAGGAGAUUGUCUUGACCAUGUCUACAUGCCUAAAUGCACUAAGUUGCCGCCAUGUGAUUGGCUGAUUAGAAAUUAAGUGUUAACGAGCAGUUGGACAGGUGUACCUAAUAAAGUGGCCGGUGAGUGUAUAUGUGUAUAUGUAUAUAUAUUCCCCUGGCAAACUUUGACCUAACGUUACUUUUAUUUAACCAGCAAGUUUUUUAUUAACUGGAAAUGACACAGGCAUCCCCUUAAAGAAAAUAAUAUGAUGUACAAGAGGCAUCAAUGUGGAAAGAAAUAUUUAAAAGCUUUUAUUUAUAUUUGAACAAAAAGUGGCAUGUCUAGAAUUAUUCAUACCCUUCUCAAUAAUUAAUAGAAAAGCCUCUUUUGGCUUUUACAGCAAUCAAGUUUUUCCUAAUUGCUGACCAGCAUGUCUCCACUGGUAUUUUCGCCCAUUCAUCUUUAGUGAUGAGCUCCAACUCUUUCAGGUUGGAGGGCCUCUUUGCCAUCUCCCUGAUCUUAAGCUCCCCCCACAUAUUCUCUAUUGGAUUCAAGGCAGGACUCUGGCUGGGCCACUGCAAAACAUUAAUGUUUUUGUCUGUUAACCAUUUCUUUACUACUUGGCUGAAAAACAUCCUCAAAGCAUUAGGUUCCCACCACCAUGUUUGACAGUGGGGAUUGUGUUCUUAGGGUUGAAGGCUUCUCCUUUUUUAUGACAAAUGAAGGCUACAUCAUUGUGGCCAAACAAGUCCAUUUUUGUUUCAUCUGACCACAGAACAGAAGACCAGAAGUCUUCUUCUUUGUCCAGAUGAGCUUUUGCAAAGGCCAAGCGGGCUUUUGUGUGCCUUAUCUGGAGAAGUGGUGUCCUCCUUGGUUGUCUUCACCUCUCUCACUAUCCUCCUGGACAGCACAGGUGUCACUUUCGGCUUCCGACCACGUCCUCUGAGAUUUUCCACAGUGCAGAAUGUCUUGUAUUUUUUAAUAACACUUUACACUGUAGCCACUGGAACUUGAAAACAUUAAGAUAUGGCCUUAUAGCCCUUUCCUGACUUGUGAGCAGCCACAAUGCGCAGCCGCAGGUCCUCGGUGAGCUCCUUUGUCUUAGUCAUGACUGUCCAAAACCCAACUGCAGAGAGCUGUUUUUCACAUGUUAAGUUGUUUUAAACAGCUGUUCCCAAUGAAUCAGGGUAAUUGGGAUGCUUUAGAACAGCUUGGACUAUCUGGAAUAAACUUUGGAUUCUCCCAUAGACUGUGACAGUUUGCAAAGGGUAUGAAUAAUUUUGGACAUGCCACUUUUCGUUCAAAUGUAAAUAAAAGCUUUGAAAUAUUUCUUUCCACAACGAUGCCUCUUGUACAUCAUCCUAUUAUCUUCUGGGAGAUGCCUGUGUCAUUUCCAAUUAAUAAAAAACUUGAAGGCUGAAUAAAAGUAACUUUAAGUCAAAAUUUGCCAGGGGUAUGAAUAAUUUUAGGCUUGACUGUAUACAUUUAUACACUACAGGCCAAAAGUUUGGAAGCAAGGCCAUUACAGGCCGAACAGUUGGGAGUAACUUCAAGUUUUUGUUCACAAUGCUUUUUUUUAAAUCCAGCACUUACUCCAUUUACCUUUAGAUAUACAUUGAUGUUAACAAACCAUUGCUAAAUAUAUGUCAGCAAAAGAUAAGAGCUUAGUUUUAGGGUUGAAAACAUUUGCAAGAGUCACAGCUUCAGUGCAAAAGCAAAAGAACAAAUCACAGUUGAAUUAUUCACUUCAACUUUUUGUCUUUUGAGAGUCUGCUUCCAAAAUAAGUCUUGCUUCCAAACUUUUGGCCUGUAGUGUAUGUAAGAGGCUAAAAAACAGAAUUGACUGUGAUGAUUUCCUUUAGAGUGGAAACUGAUGUAUUUUGAUAUAAAAUAAUAUAAAAUAUGUCUACUUAGUCUCAAAUAACAUUGAAAAACAUAAUCAAAUUCUAUAAAAUACAACUCAUCCACUCACACAAUCUUUCUGUAUCGUGUAUUCUGAUUCUGAUCCCAAGACUCACAGUAUGCCCUCAUUUUUUUAAAUUAUGUUAAGCAGCAAAAAGCCGCUUGACAUAAUUUUAAAAGGUCUUCAUAACACCUUGAUGGAUCAAAGGGUCAAUGGUAGUAAACAGCUCCUCCCACUUCACUGCAGGACAGAAACAUUUAGAAGAUCCUUUGUACCCACAGCCAUCAGACUUUUAACUCUUCUGCAAAUAGUAGAUGACAUGGGAUAACAGACGCUUGAAUUUACCUUUGGGAUCAAUAAAAAUCUUUUAUCUCAAGUUAUUUUUGAGUCAAGAUUGUCAGUGUUUAGACAAGAUAGUAAGGAUGUGGGGAGUGUGUGAUGCGAAAUCACACACUCAUCGAAAUCACAGUAACAGUAUACAUCACGGUAUGUUUUGUCCCCCUGUAAAUUCAAUUAGUGGCUUAAUAAUAAACAUAUUUUCGCAUUUGUUCAUUUUCCUUUUAUGUUUAAACUCGGAUUUGUAUACAAAUGCAAUCAAAAUGCCAGACCAGUCUGGUGAUUUUUUUUAAUCAAAUAGUGUAUCUUUGGCGAAAGACUCUGCCAAGCUCCUUUGUAUGAGAGGAGCUGCUGCAGAGCAAAGGUUGUGUCAGGCACAAAGUGAGGAUUCAACUGCAGAGAGUUCACAAAAGUCUUCACUCCAUAAGCAAGUUUGGUACAGAGGGUCAGUCAGCGAGAGCGGAGGUACAAGAUCUGGCAGGCAAGGUCAGAAAACAAGAUCAGAGUACUGGGUUAUUAAAACUAACUAGAGAAAAGGCUAGAUAUAUCUACUAGGAAAAAGCCAUAGUCUGACAGGGAAGUGAGGGAACACCUGGGCUGUGUCUCAUUUCAGAGACCGCAUCGACCUAAGUGCCCUUCUGCACCGUCGAACGGUGCAUUUGAAGCGUGCAUGACGUCACGACGGUGCGAACGGUGUCCCAUUUGGCACGAGAUGCUAAAAAAUGCUAAGCGCGCUUAGCAUGUUUUCAAGCGUGCAUUUAUGCACGCUUUCGUGCCGUCGGUAUCCCAGAAUGCUUUGCGUGCCGCUGCACAGCUGCGCAUUUCAGGUGAGAGGCUGGACUCGCUUGGAGACACAGCGCGUCUUCAGAGAAAUUACAAGCAAUCCAAAAACAGCAGACAGUCAGCUCAGGCUGUAUGAGAGCAUGAUCUCUGAACUCACUAAAAUCUGUAAACCAAACAUUAUAGAUUUAGAGACAACUGAUCCGCUCUGCUUCAACUAUCAAAAACAUUAGAAAUAAGAAAGCUGACAAAACUACAGCAGAGGAUCAGGACAACAUUGAGGUUUUUUUCUUUUAAGAUUUAGAGAUUAAAGUUGUAAAUUUAGGAGAAUAAAGUCAUAAAGUAAAUAAAGUCAUAAAGCUGCUUUUGUGGAGGGGGAAAUGACUGAAGUUGGUCAUCUGCAGGGUUAUCUGUGGAUGUAUCAGCGGGUCAUUCAAAGAGAUUUUGUGGUUUCUGAAGAAACAAUCAAACUGAUGAUGAUCAACAUUUGUGAUCCAGAGGGAGUCGAGCUCCGACGAGCACCACGUCUCUGACACCGGCGGUAGCCUACACCUGCAGAGACACCAACACCUUAUUACUGCAUAUGGAUUCAUAUCAUAAAUUAAAGCUCAAUGUCAUUCACAGAUAUUUACGGCUGCAUUGACAGAUAUAUCAUCAGCAUAUUCAUUUCUGCCUCCACAAAAGCAGCGAUUUCCUUCAAGAACACCAGUUUUUUCCCCGUGGAAAAGACGUAUUUCUCAUAUAUUCUUUUUUUAAAGUCUUUAUACUUAUGACAAUGUGAUGCUGAUGUGCCAGAGGAUGAAGUAUCUCCUAUCCUCCUUCUCAAUAGGGCCCUCAUACUCCUUCAUACAAAACAAUCAUUGGAUGAAUGUUGUGGGAAUGAUCUGUGCUUGUAUGUAUCUACUAUUUUGUGUCUGUGCAAGGUCGCACAAUUAAAACAAUACAUGCUGCGCUCCACAGCUUUUUUUUAUAAUCAGUUGUGACGUAAGCCUGAGGGCGGGGACAUUUGGAGACCUUCGGAGGACUUCCUGGUGGAGUUGCCAAAUGUCCCCGCCCUCAGGCUAGCAUUACGACUGACUUAAAGGAAACCCGCGGAGCCCAGCAUUUAUUGUUUUAAUUGUGCGACCUUGCACAGACACAAAAUAGUAGAUACAUACAAGCACAAUUCAUCCAAUGAUUGUUUUGUAAGAAGGAGUAUGAGGGCCAUAUUGAGAUUUAAGACUUUAAGGACUUCGAGAUUUAAGUCGUGAAUUUACGAGAGUAAAGUCAUUAAUUUAUGAGAAUGAAAACAUAACCUGUUAUUUCAGAGAGACUUGUUAAAAUUAGGGCCAUGAAGCAUUUGAAGGAACUGUGCUUCAGUAUAGGUUUCACAAACAAGGAGAUUCUUCAUCCUCUGGCACAUCAGCAUAACAUUGUCAUAAGUAUAAAGACUUUAAAAAGAAUAUAUGAGAAAUACGUCUUUUCCACGGGGGAAAAAAAUUGGUGUACUUGAAGGAAAUCGCUGCUUUUGUGGAGGCAGAAAUGAAUAUGCUGAGGAUAUAUCCGUUAAUGCAGCCGUAAAUAUCUGUGAAUGACAUUGAGCUUUAAUUUAUGAUAUGAAUCCAUAUGCCAUAAUAAGGUGUUGGUGUCUCUGCAGGUGUAGGUUACCGCCGGUGUCAGAGACGUGGUGCUCGUCGGAGCUCGACUCCCUCUGGAUCACAAAUGUUGAUCAUCAUCAGUUUGAUUGUUUCUUCAGAAACCACAAAAUCUCUCUGAAUGACCCGCUGAUACAUCCACAGAUAACCCUGCAGAUGACCAGCUUCAGUCAUUUCCCCCUCCGCAAAAGCAGCUUUAUGACUUUAUAUACUUUAUGAGUUUAUUCUCCUAAAUUUACAACUUUAAUCUCUAAAUCUUAAAAGAAAAAAAAAACUCAAUGUUGUCCUGAUCCUCUGCUGUAGUUUUGUCAGCUUUCUCAUUUCUAAUGUUUUUGAUAGUUGUAACACAGCGGAUCAGUUCGUCUCUAAAUCUAUAAUGUUUGGUUUACAGAUUUUAGUGAGUUCAGAGAUCAUGCUCUCAUACAGCCUGAGCUGACUGUCUGCUGUUUUUGGAUUGCUUGUAUUUUCUUCGAAGACGCGCUGUGUCUCCAAGCGAGUCCAGCCUCUCACCUGAAAUGCACAGCUGUGCAGCGGCAUGCAAAGAAUUCUGGGAUACUGACGGCACGAAAGCGUGCAUAAAUGCACGCUUGAAAAAGAGGCGGGGGUAGUGUGGUUUUGAGACCGAAUUUGAAGCGCGCUUAUUAUUUUGUGCCAAACGGGACAACGUUCGUGCCGCAUGGUGACCUCACGUACGCGUCAGAUGCGCCGUUCGAUGGCUGCUGUAUCUGAAAUGGGACACAGGAAGGGCACAGAACGGCGCAAAACGGCACAAUACGGCACAAAACGGCAGUGCACUCAGCUAAGCGCCCUUAAGCGCACUUAUCACGAUGCGGUCUCUGAAAUGAGACACAGCCCUGGAUUUAGGAAGGAAAGGGGAGUGAGGCAAACAAGGCAAGGCUGCAACACAUUAGGGAGGGAACCGGUGAUCAACGGUGAGGGAGGCGGCACAACAGGAACUGAAAGAGACGAGAGACAUGGGUCAACAAAAUAAAACAGGAAACUCAGAAAUAAAUCAAGUUGACAGAUACUGACAGGUUGCACUAGUUUCUUUGCAUCUUUAUUUUUGUUUUAUUUUUCCAAAGAACAUCAGUCAAACAGCAGAAACAGCAUUUGCUGAGUCAUAAAAAAAUCACAAAAAAUGGUUUAAACUUUUGUUUCUUUUCAUUUCCAAUUUGCAUCCUGUUGUAAAGAACAGUAACAGAAAGAAUAAUGGUAAUUACCAGUACUGAUUGGCAAAAUUAGGCACCCUUGUCCUAAUCAGCAUCACUCAUACAUUUCUAGGGCUUUUACAAUGCAUUUUAAAGCUAAUCAAAGAGAUCUCUUUUUUCAUAUAGCAUCUCCUCUUGCCUUAUCAUUUCAUUUGUGACUGUUUUGCAGUAUUACAGAUGCAUUCUACUGGUCCCUGACAUCUGCAACAGGCAACACAUUAAAGAAGUUGUCAACAUGCUGCUGCUUGUUAUGGGCUUCUCAGGUAGUACACUUCUCCAAACUUUACUGAAGAUAUGUGUAAAUACAUUCUGCCAAAGAUUAUCCGGGUCAAGCUAAGGAACAAUCAAAUAUGUCUCCCUUCCCAUUAUCUCUCCCCACUGAGGUGUUUGUAUGUAUGUGUGUGUGUGUGCAUAUGUGUUUGUUACAUUUGUUGUUUGUGUGCACACAGCUGUCAUAGUGCACCAGGAGUCAGUGUGUGCCACAUUUGGCAGUGGUUUGAGCAGUGCUUGUGUGGUUGAUGUAGGGGACCAAAAGACAAGUGUUUGCUGUGUAGAGGAUGGAGUGUCCCAUCGCAACUCCAGGUAAGACUGUAGAACAACUUUCUAAGUGACAGUGUUUUAAUGAUAUAUCUAAUUCACCAAUCAUUUGUACACCACAAAGUCAUAACACUUUCGACAGGAAAUCUUCAGAACCUUGGGGAAAAAAAAAAAGAUCUGUUAGGCACCUGAAUGUAGUUUAAUUGUGGACCCCAUUUACAGAGGCUGUUGUCCCUCAACUUAUAGUCUCAACCUUUAAUGCAUGUCUUACCCCACUCUUUACUACCCAUGUUCCCUCUCUUUGGUUGAAUUCUCAAAAAGUUAAAAAUGUUUGUUACAUGCCUAGACAAAAUUUACCCUCAUUUAUCAAGCUGGCGUACGGCAGAAAACGUACGUACACCUUGCGUACGAAAAUUUUGACGUGAGGAUCAGCAUUUAUCAAUCUGCACAUGAGCGUACGCUACGACCAAAUCUCACGACAGGUCUGAAAUCGUGUACGCAAGUUUGAAUCUGUGUGGAUCUGCAGUGGAGCAAAUGUCUGUCUCAAAAUAAUUGAUAAACAAACCUCAAACCUGUCAUUAAGCACAAUCAGCCAGAUUUCAUCAAAGAUUAAGACGUAAAUAAAAUCAAAUAAAUUUGUUAUGUCCUUAGUGAAUAGGUCUAUUUGAUAACUCUGAAAACACUGCCACAUAGCAGGAGCGCUGUUUUAACAUUGAGCGCACACGCACCACUGUGGAGCGCUGCGUUUCACUCCUAAACGGCAGGUGUCUCUCUUGGCCCAGCAGCGGGGACGUUGUUGUACACUCCUGAAAGGGUGUGGGACAUCAUUUGGGCCAGUACAGUUCAGCACAAUGUUGCACUAGCGAAUGGAGUGCCGUUGGCUGUGCCGGUGCAAGGUGAGGACCUGAUGCCCGGAGAAAAAUAACGAGGAGAAACUCCACAAAGGUGCUGUACAGAGGAGACAGGACCUUAUCGAUGGAUUUUGAUGAAAAAUAUACGUUUAGAAAGUGCUCUUGCUAUUUAUUCAGUGAUAAAAAUCCAAUAGAAAUCCAUAAAAAUGUGCCUCAGGGGCAGCAAAACACCGUUUGGUGACGUUACUAGUUAUUUUUGUUCAGCCUCUGUCAGACUCAACUUAUUGACUAAUGAUUUAUUCAAACUUCAGCCAGUGUCCGUUAUUCCGCAGCAAUGUCGUUCACCGCCACCAUAAUCUUGCUCCAGACAGGAGUUUUUGGACUGCUUUUAUACCAGUUUUGAUGCUUCCAAAGAGAAAAUCCUUGUUAGUUUCCACCACAGACGUGAGGAUAUCCACUUGCAGCUCGGAAAAGUUUUGCAUCUUUCAAAUAUUUCUCCUCUUUCAUGUUUGACCUCAGUGGGUGAGGCUUCUGAACCAUGAAUAUUCAAGGGUGUAACAUGUUAAUGACGAUCGAUUUCAGCCACCGCAUUUAUCAAGACCUGAUCAUACGUACGCUGGGAUUGGUCAGAUACGUACCCUUUCAUAAAUCUCACGUAUGUCCUGUCGUACAAUGAAUCCUGCACUCAGAUCUGCGCUCAGUUCUACGCAAGAUUGAUAAAUGAGGGCCACUGACUCUACUUCUUCUUCUAGCCGUGUCUGUACUGCUCACAACAGCUUCUGAAUUGUUUUUGACCCUGACUCAUGGGCACCAUCUAAAGGUUUAUACCACUCAGAAUAUGCAGCAACAUGCUGACUCAAAAACUCAAAACUCACAUUGCAAUUGCAUAAAUUAAUAUUAAUUUAAUAUAUAAGAUUAAUUAAUAUUGAUUUAUACAAUUGCAAUGCCUUGAUUCUAGUGAAAUUAGUACACAGUCAUAGGCACAAAUGCAAUGGUACUAAUAAUUGGCAAAAUAAUUUCUUUUAGCUUUAAGCCUUGGUGUCCUCAUUUUCGGUUUUGGCCAAGAAUUUUGCUUAAGUGCACCCCUGCAUUCUAUUAUUUAUACUUUGUUAGGCUAUAGACUGUAAUUUUGGUCAGUGGUGUGCCCCAGGAUUUUAUCAAUGCAAAAAAUGUGCUGUGGCUCAGAAAAGGUUGAAAACACUGCUUUAAAGAAAUGUAUUCCUUCCUUCUAAAUCAGUGGUUCUCAACCAGGGGGGCGCGGACACCCUCCCGGGGUAGCGUGAGCACAAGACAGGAGGUGGGGGGGGGGGGCGCUGACUCGCCGGCUAUUAGUACAAAGGAGAUGUAGCAGAGUCCCAAGCAGUUGGACUAUAGACCAAUUUACAGCCUACCUCAUCAAGAAGCUGCCUGCACAGCAUGGCAAGUGUCAAUAAAAGUAGCCUACUAUUUUGCCCCAGCCACUCAAAUGACCAAGCAAGCAGGACAAGUGUCCUGCUUUGACCAACCGGUGACGAUCAGUCUCUACAGGGAGGGAGGCUCACACACCGAGGAUCUUUCACAGGGUUACGCACAAGAUGCACACACACACACACACACACACACACACACACACACACACACACACACACACACACACACACACACACACACACACACACACAACACACACAGAGCAGUGAUAUGAAGUAAACAUUGGUAUUAACUGUAUAAACUUCAUCACCAGAGUCUCCCUCAUUAACACAUCUGUCUCCUCUCAUCCACACCUCAAAAAAUAUAAAACGUCCUGAUCUCAGUCCACCACGCAUCCAAGCAGAGAUAUAACAGAUCAAACCUUCAGGAAACACUUGUGUGUGUGCAGUGUAUGUGUUUGUGCGUCUUUGUGUGUAUGUGUGUGUGCUUGUGUGUUUAUGCAUUCACAGGGCCCACCAAAGCCAGAAGAAGCUCAUUUUGUUCUGAUGGUGUUGUUUUUCAAACUUUAAUCUAUCUUGGUUUUAAAUUAUCAGCAUAAGUUGUUAUGUAUUGCUGUUAUACAAAGUGCCUUUUGUUUUUUUGUAGGUUAAUUAAUAAAAGUAUGCUGGUGUUUUCUGGCUAAAGAAGCAAAACUCACAGUUGUAUGUUGUGAAAGAAACUUUUGCAUUUUGUGAUCUAGAUUGGGAUGAUGGAGUAGGGCCUAAAAAACCCCUCAGCCCCAGGGCCUACCAUUAGGUUAAGGGGGCCCUGAUUGUAAACAUAACUUUUCCUCUUUUUUCUGUAUGUUUUUUUUUACCACAUAAUCACAUUUACAUUUAUAAUUUAUUGUAUUUUUUUAUUUUACAAUUAUAAUUAAUCGUCAUCAGAACAAGUCACUAUAAGUAUCAUUAUUUAGUAGGCUAUUGUUGGAUUUCUCCUUUUACUUUAUUUAUUAAAAUUAUUACUACUAUCAUUGUCUGUCUUACUGACUGAUUUUGGAUACUGUCAUUUUCUGUAAGUUGUUGUGUUAAUAUCAUUUUGGCUUCCUAUGAACACAGUUUCAGAUUUAUACAUUUCGGUUCAUUGACCAGCGAAGUUCAUUAUUCUCCUCUGAUAUUUUUGCAGGCUGUGUUUAGCAUAUGGUGGCUCAGAUGUUACUCGCACUUUCUACUGGCUCCUGCAAAGAGCAGGUUUUCCAUACAGAGACUGUCAGCUGAGUAACAGACUGGACUGUCAGCUUCUGCAACACCUAAAAGAGACUCUCUGCCAUUUAGACCAAGUAUGGAUUGGUUUGGGGAUGGGGCCUUUGUGUUUUUAGAUGGUAUUGAGAAGCUUUAACUCAAACUAUUACUCGUUGGAACAGUUGAUUUCUGAUUGAUCAAUGUAAUGGUUCUUACUUUUAACAGGAUAUAUCAGGACUACAAGAUCAUGAAUUUCAGACACGUUUUCCAGAAGCCCCAGCUCUUCUCUAUCAGGUUCGACUAGGAGAUGAGAAAUUAGAGGUAUUUGUCUUUUAAAAAUUAACACUAUUUUUUAUAUUCUGUCCACAGCCUGUGUAGUUGAGAGAUUUCUAUUGUUUCUGUCAUUGUGUCUUUUCCACAUACAGUAUGUCUUCUGGUGACUAUGUAUAUAUAUAUAUGCAUAUUUCAGGCUCCUAUGGGUCUUUUUUAUCCUACUACAUUUGGUGUUGUUGGUCAGAAAAUGACGUUACUUCAGUACCGGUGUCAAGGUGAUUUGGAGGACCCCUAUGAUGAUCAUUACCUGCUUGCUACACAGAUUAAACAGGACCAGGUAAUAUACACUUAUUUUAAAAAAAGGGUUGUGUUUGAUUAAAUUAGAUAGUCGUCUAAUGAUUCUGGUAAAUAUUGACUGGUAACCCAUUUUCUUCUCUAGUCCUCAAAAUCUGCUGUAGACCGAAAGGCUGUUUCUAGACCAGGUGGAGGUUUAGAUGCAGAUGCGAGUGGUCAAGCAGGGAUUGGGGAACUCUCCAACCUGCCUAGGGGCUGUGGGAGCAACAGCAGCGGAGGUGUAACAAAAGGAGAGCUGGAACUUGCAACUGCGCAGGGGGAAUGCCUUAUGGUGGCAGGAGAGGCGGAAGAGCCACUGUCUGCAAAUCUCUCAAGAAAGACUGCUAUUUUAAGCCAGUUUGAAAGCAAAGCACUGGGCUUGGAUAAGGCAAUCCUGCACAGUAUUGAUUGCUGUGGUAAGAAUCAAAAAGGCUCAGUGUAUAUGGAGAGACUAAAAAAAUAAUUGAGGGUUUUUAGGAUCAUUUGUUUAAUUGAAGCACCCUGUCAGGUUGUGGGAAGAGAUUGUCAGGCCCAUAAGGUUUACAAACCGGUGCAGUUAGCGCUGGGUUCUCAUUUUUCUACUUUAAUUUUAGGUAUUAUUCUAAAUUCAGUCCUCAGUGGGUUAAAGAUUUUGCUUACCAUUAAAUGUUUAAACAUUACUUUGUUCUCAACAACUCAUUUUUAUUUUCCACUGGAAUAUUUCAGUCAUCAACGUCUACAAUGAUUAUACAUGUUCCUUUUUUUGAGCAGUGUAGUUUGGUGUUCCUAACAUUGUUUCCUCUUAGCUUACUUUGUCUUUCUUUAUUAACAGCAUCAGAUGAGACCAAACGCAAAAUGUAUAGCUCCAUCCUCGUAGUGGGAGGAGGACUCAUGUUUCAUGGUGCACAGGAGUUUCUGCUUCACCGCAUCAUUAACAAGAUGCCACCAUCAUUUCGAAGACUGGUCGACAAUGUGGAAGUUAUUUUACGGCCGAAGGUAACGUGAUAGUGUGCAAAAAUAGACAAAGAUUCAGACCUGCAUGCCUUUGAGUGGGUUAAAUUCCUGAAAUAACAAUGAGAACUAAUCAAAAUGUACUCUACAUACUCUAUAGACUACAUACUUGUAUUGAACAGUAUUUUGAUAUCCAUACGCACCAGGACAUGGACCCAUGGCUGAUAUCAUGGAAGGGAGGAGCAGUGUUGGCAUGUUUGGACACCACCCAGGAGAUGUGGAUCCACCAGAGGGAAUGGCAGCGCUUUAGUGUCCGAAUGCUCAGAGAGAGAGCUGCCUUUGUUUGGUGACACCAUUAACUGUUUAUUUACACUGAACCUAACAUUGUGUCUCAGGAAAUAAAAAAAUGGUGUACAUGGCUACAGAGGGCGUUUGUUUGCACAUGCAAAAAAAAAUUGGAAGUUAUUAAUAAACCUGAAACAAAAAAGAAUGUAUAUGAAUCUUGUAGAACUUGGCCACUAAAAAUAGUACAAGUUUUACAUUUUGCAAAGCAACGCUGUGGCAUAGACACGAACAGUGUCUUUGUGAGGUCAAAUUCGAAUUGUGAUGCUCAUACUACAAAGGUAUGUUAUGGUGAAAUCAGUUCAUGAAAUACAUCACUGCCCACUAUAUGUUGACAACAAUCAUAAAACCUGUUUUUUGUUUCAGCUGGUCAUCCACACAGUAAAGAAAGCUCAUUGCAGUUCGAAGUGUCUAACCUAUUUGCAAUUCCUGAAAAUAGUGUACUGAGGUAAUGAAUGUACAGGUGCAGCUCAAAAAUCUUCGACGUUCUAUAAAGGUUCCUUUUUUUAUUUUUUUUAUUUUCCCUUACUUAAAUUCAAAAAGUAAAACUAAUAUAUAUUAUUCAUUUAUUACAAAGUGGAAAGGUUUUGAAACGGACUCAGAGUCUGUAUCAAAACACAUAAACAGAGCAGGUACCAGCAGGACCAAUAGUGCCCACAGUGCCAAUACUACCAGAAAUUGAUUUGCUGACUGUGGUUUAACUGUGCUUGAUUGGCUUACCUGACAUGAACCUGAUAGAGAAUCUCAAUGGUAUUGUCAGGAGAAAGAUGAUACACCGGAGCAGCAAUACAGAUAAACUUAAGUCCGCUAUCAAAGCAACCUGGGCUUCCAUAACAGCCCAGCAAUGCCACAGACUGCUUGUCUCCAUGCCAGGUCGCACUGAUGGAGUUAUUCAUGUAAAAGGUCCCCCAAGUACUGAGAGCAUAAAUGAACAUAUUUUAGUUAUGAAUACUUUUUUGGACUUUAAAAAAAAAUAGUAUUCGGUUUUUAAAAUUGCAGAUCAGAAAAAAUGUUUUUUUUCCCUAAUAUUUCUGCUGCACCUGUAAAUGUUUCAGAUUUCAGUAAUAUGGGUAAGUCACUAAACUACUAAAUGAAUUACAAAUAGACAAAAUUUAAUUAUGCACAAAAAAAUGUUUAAUUACCCCUUAUGUGAGAGUGUGCAGGGCCUGAAGCAGAAGGCCAAAAUUUACACAUCAAUUCAUAACCAGCUGGAACUCCAGAGGUCAGUUUACCAAGGUUUUGAUAAUUUUGAAAUGCUAGACUUGUUUAUAAAAUUAUUUUUGUCUCUUUAUUUUCAAUGUCAGCUUAGUUUGGAUUAGUUUUCAAUGUGGUUUGGUUUCCUUUUCUGAAAAUGUUAAGUUUUGGUUUGGUUUUUAGUUUUGAUGUUAGUUCUAGAUUAUGUUUCAGUACUGUGCAGGAAAAACAUUAUCCAUUUGCCUUGUCUGAGAUUGAACUAUAUGGCCAGUACUUUAACACAGAUCCAAUAAUAAAUGUCUUAUUGGCGUGUAGGCUCCACAAAGUUUAUACCACCCAAGCAGUGUCAAUACUGUGGUUGGUAAGAGGUCGGAUAAUACAUUUUUUCAGACUCUCUACCUACUCACUGAUUCCUCUUUAUAUCUUUACAUGAUUUUCAGAUCAAAAAAGCCUCCUGCUUUUCAGUCUUGUGUAUUAAAAUAUGUGUACCUCACCUGUCAUCAUGGAAAGAAAAAAAAUGAAAAAAUUUAAUAAUUAUACUUAUCUAGUAAUUUGCAAUACAAUGUUUUUUCUCAUUCAACUUAAGCAGUUGUACAUUAUUUUUUAUUCAAAACCGCAGAGUUUUUCACAUUUACUGCUCAAAUACAGAGAAGGAACAUGUGUUUUUAUUCAUGAUAACCUUACAGCUUACUCAACGAAAACCCAGGUAUGUCAAGGCUGCUUUGUUAUUUACAUCCUUCUUGUUUAGGUCCAAACACAAAUUAAAAAAGUUGUAUUUAAUGACCAAUUUUUCACUACUGGUUUAGUCUUUUAACAUUGUAAGGGCAUAGCCAAGCUCAUACUUGUUCUGACUAACCAACUUACUGAAAGCAAAACUUUUUCAAAGUCUGGAACAAGACAAACUAGUAGGAACACUUUUAAAAACUAUUUUAAUCAAACAUCAUAAAACAAGCUACCUUACUGGUGUAUGGCAGAAGACUUAAACAAACAUUACACACAUGCUUUUCUCAACCACUAGACAUCUGUGUUCAUAGCAUAAGAGUGGAAGCAGAAGAGGAGGGGAAGUGAUGAGAUUGCUGCUAUAUCAACCAUUCUGGACCCUGUGUGAAGGAAUUCCCAGAAAAGCGUCAUGAAACUGUUGGUAGCAGCAGCAGCAGAUGAAGAGGGGCUUCAGCAAGUUGUUUUAAUUGUUAGCAGAAGGAUACUGUGCCAGCCCCAUGCCUACAUCCAUUGUAGGCAUUUACCUAAAGAGAAUUAAAGAUUAUACAACGGAAGAGUAUCUUAUAAUUUUAGAAUUUCAAGUAUUCAAUACCAAAUCUGUUAAACUACAAUAAAAAACAUGGGAAGUCUUUACAACUCUCCAAAUCUCAGCUUGUAAUACGUGUUGCCUUAUCUGUCAAGAAUGUUUCAUAAGAAGAAAAAAAAUGUUACUAACCUUCCUCACCCACCCCCUCCCAUUGGUGGGGCACCAGGACCUCCACCAUGGUUUAUUCUUCCAAUAUGUCUUCUACCUCCUGGGGGUCCUGGAGGACUAAGGAAAAAUGAGAGGGAGAGGUAAAAAUAUGAUAAUGUAUUUUUUUUUUCAUGCUUUCCUAUUACAGUUACUUAAAUGCUAGAAGCAGCUAAUGGGUAAAAUAAAUCUGUAUUGCAAUCCUUUCAUUUUCAUCAAAAGAAUUCCUUGCAUGCAUCAGUUACUGUAUAUUUGGUGCUAAGGCUGUUCUGAGGGCUCCCUGCCCUUUCAUGUGCAUACAUGACAAAGCCAAAGCCUGCAGCAGAGAGAGUACAUCCCCUCUGUUUAAUGCAGAGGUGGACAGAUCAGAGAAGAUCUUUUGUUACGGUCUACUAUCUUGGCUAUUUGCUGGGACUUAAAGCACUGUGUGUAGCUUUCUUAGUAAUUGAGUGCAGCACACAUUCAGCUGUGAAGUGAACGAUUACUUCUUUUUCUAAGCUUAUAUUGAUUUAAGUGUGGAAAAUGUAUCUCAUAUGUCGUCACAGAUUUGUGUUACUUUUUAUCUCACUUAUGUUCAUGUUAAAUAUAAUGUAUAUUGGGGACUUGCACAGAGAGACUUGUGCCCAUAUCUGGCUGGGGUAUGUAGGGGCUGCCGCGCAUUGGGCUUUCUACACCAUAACACCAAGUUAGACACCCCCACCCCACGAGAGCUGAAUGUUGCCGACUGCUUGCUUCUCUAGUUAUACCAACUUUAGUAACGAUCAUAUGAUAGCAAUACACAGCGGUUGACCUCUCCACGAGCAGACCUCAACCAAAAAGCCACUUAAUAGCCACAAAAAAUGCUCAGAACAGCACCUAACUUCAUCAACAGUACAUAAAGGGUCCCAGCCAUAGUACUUGCCAAUCAAACAUCUUUUUAGCUUUGCCUGGUUUCAAAGCAAACCAAAGUGACCAAACAAAACUCACCCAAUCUCCUCCAGCAGCUGCUUCUUUGUGGGGGAGCCCUGACAAGUUAAUUACCGAGUGCAGCGGAGUUUGACAGCUCAAGGAAGAACAUUUAUGAUCAUUACUUCAUGCAAAAUGAUAAUUAUGAUGAUUGUUACUUCAAGGAAAUGAA